UUGGCAGGUCGGUUCUGAGCUGAGGUUAGAUUGUGCUGCUGAAUAUUAUCUCGCCUGUCCUCUUACUGUUAUAAUGUUCAGCCGGAGAACAGGUGCGCGGAUGCUGCACUGACCGCAGAGACACAGGAGCGAAAAGACUCGGGCAAAAUAAAUGGAGGCUGUUCACGUAAAGCCGAGGAAACGAGAGACAAACCCUCUCGAGGAGUCCAAACAGGUACCACGAGCGGCGUUGCUGGAUGGACAGUAUCACGCUGGAUUGUGGACUCCUCUGUGUUAAGAUGGACUGUAACUUAGGUGUCGUCACGAGACGUUGCGCGUUAUCAGGAGCAAAUGGUCGAGUUGAAUUCAGCCUCUAAGUGUACGGUAUGUGGAUAUAUCAUGUUGUGUGCGUUCAACACGUUGCCUGAGAGCGAGGCUGGAACAGGUCACUGGUUCACUGCAUCCAUAAUUUAGGUAAGCAGACAGUAUCUUUAUUUUCUGCGGAAAAGCACUGUCACAUGUACAUCUUGACACAACACGUCUUUGUAUUUGACCACGAUGCUUUCAAACUGAAUCAAGGUUACAUCUGAGAAUGAGUGUGCAUUGGCAUCUUAGUGCUGCUUUUACAGUGCCAGGGAUAAAAGAGUUAUCUAUCAGGAUACUACAUGAUGCACACGGUGGUAAGGAUCCAGUAUUAAUAUUUGUGUGUGCCUGUGCGUAUGCGUGUGUUUACACCACACCUUGAAAACCGCCGUAGAGUUCAAACUGAUCUUUUUGUGUUGUUUGGGUUAUAAAGCAGCGACAGUCACUGGCCUAAUGGGCUUAUUGGGAUGAGCUCUGUUACCUUCUGUUCCUUUGCUGUGUGCAGAUAAACAAUUUAAAUGCUGGUGCCAAUGCUGCUGUAAAUCACAAGUAAUAUUUUACUUAGUAUUUUCUGUACUGGAUAUAAAAAAACAAUAACUGUUUCUCCCCCAUGCAGUAAAAUGUGCCUAAACUUUGUACUUUUAAUGCUAUAAUUUAUCGUUAUGUUCAAUUUCACUCAAUGCUACAUCAAUAAUUUGAUCUGCAUUCAAUAGCAGUUGAUGUUUGAUACACUGUCACUUCUUGCAAUGGCAGAGACCUGUGUGUGUAGAUGUGAAGUUACUGAUUUGAACUCCUGCACAAUAAGUCUGAGCACUUCCCACCUUCUUGAGCUCAUGAGCAAAGCAGUUCAAUUGCUGUCCUAUGCUGAACAGUCUUAAACAGAGAAGUAUCUUGCCUUGGUUAAUUGCACCAGAGUGUUGAUCAGAGCCAUGUUCAGUUGUAUCCCUGCAGACAGUAAUUUCUAAGUCUGUCAGCAUACAUAGUAGGAGCACUCAAAUCCAAUGAAUGAGGAAUACAAAUAUGGCUCUUAGCACUGUUCCAGACAUCGCAUGGCAAAGAGUGUGAAGUUAACUGUCACUUUAGAAAAUGGUUCAUAGUGCCUUGUUCAGAAGUGUCUGGUAGAGACUGAGGGGACCUGUUUUUGAAGUUGUGUACUGCAGAUGAUAAAUAUUCAUCUGUGCAGAUGGUCGAUCUAUUUGACUCAGACUUCUUCGGACGAGACUUCAGCAAGCUGCUGGAGGCGCUGUUGGUGGUACCAAACCCAAACAUGUCUCUGUCACCAGAGCAUAGAAGCAGAUGGUUAGAGAUGCAAACAGUCAACAUCAGACAGCAUCAUGUUUUAUCUGUCUAUAUAGUAAAUUGAUAAUGAUAUGUGCGGUGAAGACUUGGAUUUCUGCAGAGUUUCACUCAGACCAUUGUGCUGAUUAUAUGUAUUAUCUAGAAGUCUGGAUUGUGUCCGUCUACUCGGGUUAAAAGUCACUGAUUGGAGGGUGAAUUCGGUCUGUUUGAAAUCUAAAAUAACUCUGUGUGGUGUGAAUCAGAGGCUCUUAAUGCAGCUGGACAGGGGCUGCCUUGUUUUUGGAAUGAGAUAAGAAUUAGCCCAGGGCAGCAGUGUCAGAGCUCGUGAUGGACAUUUAGACAGGGAGCAGAGAGGACAGUGUGAGUACGUUUGUGUGUGUAAGUGUGGAGUGCAAAAUCAUUACCAUGCUGCAAGUGAAAGAUAAGGAAAUCUGUCAGAUUCCCUACAGAAGCUGCUACAGACAUUUCACACUAUUUUUAAAAGUACAUGGUAUGUCAAGUUAUAGCUACUUACAUCUGCAGCGAAUGCAUACAUCUAUUUAACAUUUUAACUCUACCGCUUUAAGUCAACUACACUGGGGGAUAUGUAUUAAGGCUGCUAUGCAUUCACAUGUGAUGCAGAUGGCUUUUCCCAGUCAAUUAGAAAUCCUGUUUGACAGAAAUUCAUGUUGUUUUUGAUCAACACUGCUAUGAGGAAUACAUGCCAUGCCAAUGAGAUAGCUAACCUCCACAAAUAGCCUCUGGUAUGAAAGCCUCCCAGAUGGUCUGUGCAGUACUACUGAUGAAGUGGAAGAAGCUUGUAAAUAGAGAAUUAGCAUCUUUUCAGAUGGAGGAAUAUGGAGGGUCUGGGGUCAGUCUUAUAUGGGAAGUAAGAGUCAAAUCCAGUGGAUCACUCCUGCAAAGAUUUGCACAUGGCUUAAAGCAGUGCCACGAAGUGCGGUGUUCAGAAAUCUGUGUGGAAAAUGAGAGAAACGAAACAGUCAGGUAAAGCUCUUCAGUUCAUUCUGGCGGCUUCAGCACAGAGUACCAUCGCUGCAAACUAAAGUAGGCCUUUUUAUAAUUAUGCUGCACAUGUCUGAUUUGAUUUGUGUAGGUAUGUAGGUUAAAGCAUGAUCAAAAAAGGAUUUGGACCAGGAUUAUGAGUUUAUGCACAUACAUGAGUGAUAAUUUACAAGAAACUGCUCGACAUGAUUGCCAAACAUGUGCAAGGUAGUUUGUGUGACCUCUUUGCUAUACAUGCACUUUGACGGUCAGCAGUUCCGGGCUAUGCUACCACAAAAUAUCCUUUUAGAGUAAAUUUCAGGGACUUCAUUAACAGUUCAAACAUCUUCCUCCUUGUACAACUCUGAAACCUUUCACCCUCGGGUUAUCUGCAAAUACUGAUUUUAUUUAUUUAUUUUACCAGGCCAGCACAGUUUUUGACCCAAAUUCAAAAGCUGUUUUCCUCCCUUGGUAAAAUCAUAUUUUAAAUGAAGUAGCAUAAUACCAGGACUUACUGUGGUGCUACAAACAAGACUGGCCACCUGCCAUGACUUAAUGAACAGAACUGACACUGAAAAUGCAGAUUUUUAUGAAGCCAAGGUUUAAUCACGAGAUCUACUAAAUAUGAUUUUAAGACUUUGUCCCCAAAUUAGCAGGUACUAUCUUUUCUUUUUAUUUUCUUUACCGUUUUUGUACCUAUUUUAGCUUUCUUUUUAAUCAGUUCAAAGUAAAAUACAGAAGGCUGGAGGCAGGAGAACCUGGGAUUUUAUAGACUAAUACCAUAUUGAGAGGGAUUACCAGUUCUUAUAUGAUUGACCAAAAUCAGGGAUGUGUAAGUGCUCUUAUUUUAAGCCAACAAUAACCUGCUUUUGAUGAACAAUAUAUCAUUUUUCAUUUUUAUGUUUUGGUUAUUCUGAAGUAUGCAAUUUACACACACGCCCAAGGUAAGAAAGGCUGAGAUGUAAUGAGCACUGUAUAAAUAAAGAUUGAUUGGUUGAAGAAAUUUGUGCGUUCAUAACAAAAUCUGAGUCACUGAUGCUGUUGUAGACCAGAUUCUGAACUUGUACAGGGCGGGCAGAGGUCCAUCUGCAAAGUUGCUGUAACUUUUUUUAAGCACACCAUUAGCUGGUGAACUCCCUGGCCCUGUGCCUUAGACAAAGGUGGGUCAUAAGCUGCUGUAAAUUCAGUGAUAAUAACUUCAGUUUUGGUUUUCUCCGGUAAACUUUAUGCACUUUACAGCUUGUUGAAUCAUCCCUACAGCACUUGUGUUUUAGGUGCUGUUGCAUAUUUCUUCAAUGCGUCCUUGUCAAAUUAAGACUUAAUGCCUUAAGAUAUCCAUUGGAAACUUUUUCUUCUUUGCGGAAUACUUGCAGCGCAUGAUUUUCUAAUUACAAUUGUGUUAUCCUUCUCCAGAAGGGUGAAAGACAUUCAAAGAGGUAACACUUGUUGAAGCUGCUCUUCUUUCUCUCAGUAAGAGAUGGCAGUUCCCAUUUUGCCACCUACUGUGUCAGACUGUGUAGAGUUGCUAAUAAGUGCAUGAAUACCACUUUUAUGGGUUGUUUUUAAUAGAUAAAAUUGUGCAAACUGGAUACUAAGUGAUGUUAAAAUAUUCCUGAUAAAUAAUGUAUUAGUGCGAGACAGCGAAAAAAAAAAGCCAUAUAAAAACAGACCUGUCUGAUGUAAACUCUGCAGUGAUUUUACUCAGAUAGGGGUACUAAGGAAGCUGCUGAAUUCCAGAAUAAUUCAUAUGAGAAUGAUAAUAACUUUGUUGUCUCAUAGUUAAUCUUGAUUGGACCAGGUCUCCACUGAGCUGUGAUGCUCUACAUGUGCUGAAGACAGUGCUGAGUGUAUGGCUCACUCUGUUGAUUUUUUUGGUACGUAUCGAGAGGCUCGUGCUCAGAUUCCAUUAAAGCUUUAACAGGAUAAUAUCAGCUCAGUAUUAUUAAAUUAUAAAAUAUUGCUCAGGCUCAAUAUGCAUCCUGGGCUAAAUAGUUUCAACAUCAACACCCUGAGCUGCACAUCAGUCCCAAAUCCAACUCCCUGUGGACUUGUUCCAUGGUUUUCUUGUUUUUGAUGUCAGUUUAAAGCAAAGUAGCAUCACUAUGAGAACGCUGAUUUGGCCUCUCAUGUUAAAUGUUUGAUUGUUCCAGCAUCUCAGUGUUUUGUCUCUUUCUCUCUCCUAGGAUGACGCCUGGUCAAACCUGCUCGUUCUCCUCCUCCCUCAUUCCUCACCCGGUCUCCAGAGUUCAAACGCUUCGUCAGCAGACUGCGUGCUCCUGAGCUCCUGCCCUGACCCUCCCUGUUUGGCUUCCUGGCAGACAUCCCGGAGGAGGUGAUGCGACGGUUCGUCUACUGUAAGGUGGUGCUGACCACCUCUUUGGUUUGGGUGCUGGUGGACGUGUUCCUGCUACUCUAUUUCAGUGAGUGUAACAAAUGUGACGAUAGGAAAGACCGCUCGCUGCUACCUGCGCUCCGAGGUGAGUCCACACCACAGCUGCAACACCUAUCCUCCAAUUAACAGAGCGGAGUUUUCAGGGAGCCAUUAGAAGGUUGUUCUCUUUCUCCCUCAUGCUCCCUAGAGGGAACUUAUGAGUAAAUUUAAUGUUUGGGAAGUUAAAUGUUGAAUUUUUUCAUCAUGGCUGCGUUUUUAGCUUUUAAAUGGGUGAAACUCUUAGGUUUCUUAAAGCCAAAUUACAGUCUUUUUUCAUUGAUAUCCAGACUAUUCUGGUAUUACAGUUACUUUGCCCUCGAAGCAACAACCUGAAUACAUAUUCUUUGGAGAAAUAUUUUUUCCUACUACAAGGUUCUUUCAGGGUAAAAUCAUAAAAGGUUGGAGAAACAGUUAGAAUUUAAAAACCUUAUGAUGGCUGUUAUAACGUAAACAAUACAUUUUGACUGUCAGAGUGUUCUCAUUUUUUCAUCCUGCAUCAGCCUCGUUUCAGCCCCAAAUAAUCCCUAAUAAGAUCAAGUAGGUGAUUGACCUGUAGUAAAGCUCGAAACACUGCAUGUGUUUUGUGUUUGCUCGUAGCCCUUCCUCCGAUCAAACUUAACCGCUGCGCCGUAUUAGCUGAGUUCAUUUCCUCACAUGACCUACAGUAAGUAGGUUUCUAAGAGGCUUGCUAAGCAGCUUUUAGGUUGAAAGGAUGCAGAGCUGCCAGCUACUGAGACUGAGACUACUCUUCUCCAAUACUUAUGUGACCAUGCUUAUUAAGUGUCCUAUCUGAUAGUUUUCCUUCUUGAUGAUCAAAGAUCUCAUAUUUACCUGAUACCUCAUAUAAUAUCUGAUUUAUAUUGCAGGUUAAGUUCAUUUUCUUACAUUAUAAUAGAAUGAGAUGACUAUUUCUAGCAUCCUCACCUUUUAAUUGCAUCAUUUACCCCCGAUUAAUAAUACUUGAACCUCUCUGCUGGGUUACAUUAAGUUAAUGCUUUUGGUUUUAAAACUGGUCAUAUUGUAUUUUGUAAAGCUGUCAGAGACUCACUUAGUCAUGCUUUUGUUGCAUUGAAGUGGCAAACUCAAUAACUCCCAUAGCUGUACAGUCUCGUAUUCAUGAUGAGGUUUUCUGUCCCUCUGUUGAUGAAGAACUGUUGUAUCAAACAGGAUUGAGAAAUACCAUGCAAAGUAAGCUCUGUGGUAAUAAACCAAAAAAGGUUUUGCACAAGAAAUAAAGGAGGAAGAUGAAGAUGAGGAUUGUUCCUGCUGUCUGCAGUGAAGUCGUAUUUUAUACCCCCAACUGCUGAUGAAACUACACUGUGAAAUAUUGAAACUGUGAUGGAUGUGAAGACAUUUCACCUAAUGAAGAUUUCACCUAUUACUCUAACAGUUACAAAAAAGUCAUUCAAAGUUCUGUGUCCAACCACUUCACACAGAUUUCUGCAUCCUUUCAGCUCAGUUUAGUGUUAAGGUAGCUUUGUCUGUUUGCCAUUGGAAAGCUUACUUGUUGGAAACAUUUGGGUCUAGCUGGAUGAAAACCCCUCUGAAUGAUAUAAAACCAAAACAGUGAGCUAAAAUAAGUUGCGAUUCAGUCAUUAUCCAAAGUAUGUGUCCACGUAAAGGAUAUUUAGUAAAAAUAAGAUAAAUGGGUAAAUAAGAAGAAAAAAAACCUUCUAGCAACAGGACAAGGACUGUCAGGGAACCUUAAAUAGAAAAAAAACACUAUCAAAGAUCCUGUGAGGAGUUUUUAUGGACUUGUGAAAUAGACUGAAAUGAACAGUGAUGCAUCUCUAGGAUGUGCAAAAGCCAGAGUCCAUUGAAGCCAAGAUUGACAAUGUAUAUACAGUAGGAAAAGUAAGUAUUGUUAGUUAUUCAUAAAUUUUACUGUGAAAAGGACUUUUUUUUUUGUAAAUUCAUGCCUCUUUCAAAUGAAAUAUAAGUUACCACUUUGACCACAGGUGGUGCCAAAGUCAAGACAGACAGACAGACAGUUCCUCACUGGAGCUUUAAACAACAUAAAACUACAUUAACAAACUUUGAACAAUGUUCAAAAUUGGCAAAGGAGAGCUGUAUGUGCCGGGUAAUAUGAGUGCAAAAUGCAUCAGUGUAAGUACAAGAUAUAAGGCAGUUUGACUGAAUAUUUAUGAUACGUGAUUUAAGCUUUUUUAGAUAUAUUAAAAUCACUGAUUACUGCUGUAUUCAUUGUACAAGCCCAUAGAUUAACAUAAUUUACCGUAUUUAAGUCCAUUAUACUGUUUUACUCCAUUAAAUUAUCUCUGAGCGAGGUCAUUGAUCCAAAGAUUGUCUAUGUGAGGCGAAUAAUGACCAUUUCCUUUUUUUAACUGGUUAGGGAAGCUCUGUACUUCAUUUCAGUGUUUCUCAGUUCAGCGAUAAUUUGCUCUAUGGCCACUCUUUCUGUAUGAGAUUUUGUGAUUCCCAGAGUCAGUUUGCAUUUGUGCUGUUUAUUAAUAAGUGAGGAACAGGAUGUUAUAUUGGUCCAAAAACUACAGGUUCUUGUCUACAGGUUCUUCAUACCCAAGAAAACCCUCUGAAGAAUAACUGUUAUGACAAAGGUGUGAACGCCUCUCAUGCAUAGUGAACUGGUCAGCAAGAACAAGGUCUCCCUUUUAUAGCAAUCUCAUCUUUAGAAACACUCACCCAUUAAACCGUCCAGUUGGUUUCCAAUCAGUGUCUGGAUGUGGUAGGAGUUUAUAAAAGGAAGUCUCUCUGUGAAAAAUUGCUUGCCCUCUCUUUUUUGCUCAGUUCAAGGUAGGAUGUGUUACUCUGAUAACCAGCGCUGUGCAACAUCAGAGUGAGAUUUUUGAAGUUUCACCCUGAGACACUUGGAUCCCCUGGGAGCAUCAGUGAGACUCCCACUGGUCUUUAUGGGCUUUAACUUAUCACAGUGAAGCAAUUUAGGAACAGAAAGGAGCAGUGGCAGAAGGCGCUAUUUUUUUUUUUACUUUUGCUAGGUUCAGAUUUUUUAUUGGCAAGAAUUUCCCUGGAAAUCUAAAAAAUCUCAAGAUUGAACUGAAAAGGAAUAAUGAGACGAUAGAAAUUGGUAGUCAGUGAACAUAGCUCUAUUUCUGCCUGUUCAUAGUCACAUUGAAAGAACUCGAGCAAGACAGACUUAGAACAAAACUAGACAACGAGUAUGUGCAGAAUAAGAUAGGCUGGAGAUGCUCAUUUAUAAAUAAAUGAUUGAAUGAAUAACAGCAGCGGAGGUGGGCGGAGCUCCAAGACGAGCUCAGGCAUCAAUGAGUCUGAUGGGAGUUGGCACAAAGAUAGACACGGCAUGUUUUGUUUUGUUUGUGAGAAGAAAACAUCCGAGUUAAGUGUUAGAGAACAUCGAGACACAGUGUUUAAUGCAUCGUUUCAGUGUUUUUAUCUUCAGUAACGCUUAUGUAAAAGAAACAAAUGCACCUUUUCUGAAAAAGCAGUGUUGUGUUCGUAUUGAUGGCACACAAAAGCUCAAGAAGCUGAGAUAGAAACAUCUCAGUCGUGAUGCCUCAGGGUGUUCAUGGACCAUCCUCCUCUCAGAAGCAGCCUACAGUUUUCCAGGUGCUCAUUCCUCUGUAGCAGAUAUUACUCUUAAAUGUCAUACAAGCCUUCUGAUCCCAAAUGCCCUGAAUCUCUCUCCUUUCCUCACUCGGGCGCAUACAUACAUACAUAGUUAGCUGCCGUCAGGGUUAUGAUUCAUAUCAGAGUAGCGUAGUACUCUGCAGGGUGUUUGUUCCCAGCAUGCAGUCUUGUUUGUUCAACAGGAGCUUCUCUGAUAUGGAACUCAACGCUGGCUGGGUCACAUUCGCAGGCAGGAAACUGAGCCCAGCAGCAAAUCUGCAGUAACACUGCAAACCUUUACAUCUUAAAACUGACAUUAUAUUAUAAAAACAUUUCUUCUUGCUGCUUAUUGUAUUUAUUUUGUUCUAACAUUAUGUUUCAUGCGGCUCAUGCAUUUCUUCUACAUUUUGAUCCUCUUCUCAGUUUAUCCUCUGCUGUCUUCAACAUCAACCAAAGCUUAAAAUGAACUUUAUACAAACAUGAAAUGAGUUAUUUUCUCAACAGUUCUGUUAGUUGUGUACUGUUUCCUCAUCUAAACUUGACUUUCAUGUAUUAAUAGUAUAAAAAAGCAACCUCAUGACAUGGCAAGUUUUAAGAUUUGCACAUGUGCAGUUACUUUGUCAGAGUUAUGAGCUUAUGAAUCACAAUAGUGGACAGGUAGACGGCGGCAUGUGACACUUUAUUUUUGUCCAGCACUGAAAUAUGAGUUAUUGUGUCUCUGCAGACUCAUUACCUGUGAGUGUGAGAGAAAGCUUUUGGCUGUAAUUGCUUUGAUUAAGCAGCAGGCAGGAACCUUGAAUUAGAUUGAUUGACCUGAGACAGGACAGGGACCAGUGUUUUCCUCCAGGAUGAUCAGGGUCAUCUUCAAUAAUUACGAUCUGUGUCAGGAGGAGAGCAAACAGAGCUCUAAAACACCACAGAGGUUUGCCUUCGAAUCUACUAUGAACUUGAUUCAUUUGACCCUGAUAUAUAGCCUAACUGUGUGCGUCUUUUUACAGUCGGUAUGGAUGAUGCAAAAUAAUAUGUACCAAGUAUACACUCACCGGCCACUUUAUUAGGUACACCAUGCUAGUAACGGGUUGGACCCCCUUUUGCCUUCAGAACUGCCUCAAUUCUUCGUGGCAUAGAUUCAACAAGGUGCUGGAAGCAUUCCUCAGAGAGCUUGGUCCACACUGACAUGAUGGCAUCACACAGUUGCGGCAGAUUUGUCGGCUGCACAUCCAUGAUGCGAAUCUCCCGUUCCACCACAUCCCAAAGAUGCUCUAUUGGAUUGAGAUCUGGUGACUGUGGAGGCCAUUUGAGUACAGUGAACUCAUUGUCAUGUUCAAGAAACCAGUCUGAGAUGAUUCCAGCUUUAUGACAUAGCGCAUUAUCCUGCUGAAAGUCGCCAUCAGAAGUUGGGUACAUUGUGGUCAUAAAGGGAUGGACAUGGUCAGCAACAAUACUCAGGUAGGCUGUGGCGUUGCAACGAUGCUCAAUUGGUACCAAGGGGCCCAAAGAGUGCCAAGAAAAUAUUCCCCACACCAUGACACCACCACCACCAGCCUGAACCGUUGAUACAAGGCAGGAUGGAUCCAUGCUUUCAUGUUGUUGACGCCAAAUUCUGACCCUACCAUCCGAAUGUCGCAGCAGAAAUCGAGACCCAUCAGACCAGGCAACGUUUUUCCAAUCUUCUAUUGUCCAAUUUCGAUGAGCUUGUGCAAAUUGUAGCCUCAGUUUCCUGUUCUUAGCUGAAAGGAGUGGCACCCGGCGUGGUCUUCUGCUGCUGUAGCCCAUCUGCCUCAAAGUUCGACGUACUGUGCGUUCAGAGAUGCUCUUCUGCCAACCUUGGUUGUAACGGGUGGUUAUUUGAGUCACUGUUGCCUUUCUAUCAGCUCGAACCAGUCUGGCCAUUCUCCUCUGACUUCUGGCAUCAACAAGGCAUUUCCGCCCACAGAACUGCCGCUCACUGGAUAUUUUUUCUUUUUCGGACCAUUCUCUGUAAACCCUAGAGAUGGUUGUGCGUGAAAAUCCCAGUAGAUCAGCAGUUUCUGAAAUACUCAGACCAGCCCUUCUGGCACCAACAACCAUGCCACGUUCAAAGUCACUCAAAUCACCUUUCUUCCCCAUACUGAUGCUCGGUUUGAACUGCAGGAGAUUGUCUUGACCAUGUCUACAUGCCUAAAUGCACUAAGUUGCCGCCAUGUGAUUGGCUGAUUAGAAAUUAAGUGUUAACGAGCAGUUGGACAGGUGUACCUAAUAAAGUGGCCGGUGAGUGUAUAUGCAAAACACAUACCUCAGUCAUUAAAACAACUUUCAUAUUUUGAAUCAGCUGUAUUUGCAGCCCAGACUGCAUCCAUCUUUGGCUGUUUGAGCUAAAUGACAACAUGUUAGCGUUAUACUUGCAUGGUUUCACUUAGUUGUUGCAAGUUUGUUACUGUCCACUAGGGAUGGGCGAUAAAUUAUCGUUCAUGAUAUUGCGUCAGAAAAUCCUCCAUGAUAAAUAUUUGCCACCAUAUGAUAAAUACAAUAAAUGUAAGUUGAUGACAUAAGCGCAAGAGACAGACUCGCAGCCAUAACCCACGCAGAGCAGGAUAACAAACAAACAUGGCCGAAGGUAAUGCAGAAGACAUCUCUGAGCAGCCUCAGAUUGGGGCUUAGAUGAGUUCAAUCAGGUAUCAGGUAUGCCUGACAUCGGACAGUGGAUCUGCUGCUGCUGUUCACUCUGUGUAAUCAGAGUUUUCAAAAAAUGUUGAAAAUGUUUUCACAUUUGAGACUUGUUUGAUAUCAUUAGUUUUCUCCAUAACCUACCACUCAAACUCGUGAUUAAGUAUCUUAUUUGACUAUUUCAACUGGUGUUCUCAAGACAAAAUGAGUCAAAAAUAUAGAUUGGAAUCAUAAUAUUUUUUAUCAGGACUUUUUGUUAUUGCCAGAAUGGCAAAUCUUAUUGUGUUAAAUUUUUUAGCCCAUAUUGCCCAUCCCUACUGUACACCAGCUUAUUUAACUUUGAAUGAGUUUGAAUCCUCAUACCUGCUUAUUAGCUUCUUACUACCUUAGUACAAUCAAGCCUGGUGCUAAUAUCAUAAACCACAGUGCUUUACAGAUCCACACUCUGACUGGAUGCUGGCUUCAGAUGAAAAGUAAGAAGACACAUAAUUUCAUGUUAUGUCUGUAAAGAUAAUGCACUCUGGUAGCACAGCCUCCAGGCUAUGCUACAUGCAUACUCAAAGGUUAAAAGAGGCAGCUGAGGUCAAUAAUGAAAGCAGCACUCGAGUCAGUGAGCAGUAGUCUUGACUGAGGCACUAAUGGAAUACAUCUCAUUAUUUUGUGCAAAUUUCACGCUAUCGUAAAUAUGCAAUACAUAAUUCUGACAGAGUCUCAGCUAUGUUUGAGUGCAGCGCCGUGUACUACAUUUAUUCAUGCUUUAAAAAAAUCAUACCUUCACAGAUAUCUUAUAAUUUACAGGCUGUGAUUAAGACCUUGGAAGGCUGAGGUAGAGUAGGGAUAAAAUUGACCUUGUUUUUUUUCUAAACUUGAGGACUGUCUCUUGCAAAAUGUACUCUGCAUUCUGCUCUCUGCAGGUUUCCAGAGUUUGAUUAGAAACUGUUGAUGUAAUUUCACAUUUUGAAAUAGUCCAUAGGGUUAAGCUGAGGUGACCCAGACUGGUGUCGACGGUUCACCGGAUGUUCUGGUGUCUGAAUUGACGGUAUAGAUUGGAGAGGCUGAGCAUUUGUUCUCAUCAGCAGCACUCUGUUCAAUCAUCCAGCUCAGCUCUGGAGCUGUGUCCAUCACAUUUAAGCCAGUGUCCAAAUGGAGAGUGUCAGCGGCAGCAUAAAGAAAAGAGCAGGAUCAGUUUAAGGGUUAACAAUCCUGUGAACAAAUGCCCUGCUCCACAAGGGGUCGUAGGGAAUCCUCUUAACCUGGGGCCAUGCUGCUAAUGUGAACUGUGUGUCCCCCUUUUAUGGAAAUCACUGCCCCUGCUGUAAGAGAUUAUUGUGGCACAGACAGUAAUAAAUCCAUGGCAGGUUAUCUACCUUUGAUGAAGGGAGCGGCUCUGCAGCCAGAAAAGCAACAGCAGCCACGCUAAAUGGUGGCGUUUGACUCGAGGAGAGAAGAGGAAAGGAUUUGACUUCUGUAGUUCUUUACAUCUAUUGAAAUAUUCCCCCUAAAUCGCUGAAUUCAGACCCUACUAAUAGAUUAAACUAAAAUUAAAUAUAGCUUCCGGACUAUGCAGUGCCUUAAUACCCACUCAGCCCAAGCCACAGCAGCCAGGAGAGAGCUUAAGCAAUAAGCACAGUGCCGGCACCGUCUCUAUUAAAUGUCUUACACUGUUCACUGAUGUGUGAGGGAGCAUAUUUUCCUCCCAGUGCAAGUGAGAAAGCCAUCACACUCUGUAUGUGCAGUGUUAUUAGGUGUUAUUAGGUGUUAUUAAGGGGAAUGCAGCAUACUGUACACACGUGCACACACCCUGUAAACAUACCUCUAGUGCAGGAAUUGCUAUUAAAACACAUAGCAGUGCAUUACUACAGGCACACUGGUCUGGAAAAUUAUGUUUAUACCGUGGCGCUUUACUAUCAUAGGAAAUCACAUUUUACAGAGCAUAGAGGGAGAGACCCAGCAUGCUUUGCAGCACUCUCCUAGAGAGACACAUAAAAGGCCCUGCAACUGUGAUGUCCACUUCAGAAAUGUACGUCUCUUAUCAGCCCAGUGCUUCAAUACGAGUCAGAGAUUUUGUUGUUUUAACCCUUUGUUGUGCUCCAAUGUGAGAUUACAGGCACAUCUGUUUCUCAGAACAGCAGAUUAUGUAUUUUUUUUAAUGAUUAAAGCCUCUUAUUUCUAACAUUUAUGUAUAUGUAUAUUGUUUGCCUCCACCAAAGUGUUAUUUGUAGACAAACUAGCUCUGUAUUUUAGAUUUGUUUAUCUAGUUUGAACCCGGGGUUCACUGAGUUCUCGACACACCAGAACUCUUUUUUUUCCACGCUGGUGAGAACAAGGCCCAGAGCCAACAGACUCGGGUCAGUGAGGUCAGUCAGUUCUCAUUACUCUCAGUCCCAUUAAGGAGAGGAAGUGUCGAGCACUUGUAAUUUAGUGGGCUCUAAUAACUUGGUAGCUCCUCUCAUAAUGUUUCCUUAUCAAGAGAUGACCUUAUAUACGCAGUGAUUUAUUUUACCGCGCAGGUUGACAUUCAUUUCUUCCCUCUCUAGUCAGAAAAAAAGGAACAGCGUUGCUGAUUCCUCAUCAGGUUUCCCUUUUUUUUUUUAUCCACCUUACAGCGGUGAUAUCUCGAAGCCACGAGGGUCCAGGGGAGAUGGGCAAAGCAGUGAACAUCCCCAAAGAUGACCAGGAGAAAAUGAAAGAGCUCUUUAAGAUCAACCAGUUCAAUCUGAUGGCCAGCGACAUGAUCGCCCUCAACAGGAGUCUGCCGGAUGUGCGGUUGGAUGGGUGCGUAAGCUCAGGUUUUCUCCUACAGAUGCACGCUGUGAAUUCAACUGCUAAUGCUUUACCACCUACACUCUUAAACACACACUUCUACACACACAUCCAGGUUAACACAGUCCUCCUCACCUUGCUCUCUUCACUGGCUGGUAGAUUUGCUGCCACAUUUUAUUUAACCUAUAUUCAGCCCCAUUUAGAUCAAAGAUUAUUAUGGUGAUUACUUUCAUUGAUUUUAUUAUUAUGAUGAUUAAUAUUAUUGUAUAACAUUAUGAUAUAUAUUUAAAUCAUGAGUGUAGGAGAAGGGGUGGGACUAGAUAAGUCUCGACUUCUUCCCACUCCUUUUUGAACAUGGAUAACUUUUUUUUUUGUAUUCUUUACUUUUUUAUUAAUAUAAUUUUUUACAUGUUCAAAAUAAACUUCAAUCAAUCAAUCAAUCAAUCUCUUUUUUAAGCGAAACCUGACCAAGUUCCAACAACACAUGCACUCAAACUCGCAACAAUACACAACAAAUUUAAACAACAAUAAUCAUCAGUUGACACUGUGACAUUCAGAAAGUUUAAAUUCAAGAGUUUUCACCAAAGAUUUAAAAAUCAAUCAGUCACCAAGUUUUGCAGUUUAAAUUCAGUUUGCAGAUUAUUCCACACAAAAGGAGCAGAGAACCUAAAAGUCUUCUUUCCCAGCUCAGUUCAGACUUUGGAAACAACAAACUGCACAAAGUCAAACGAAUGCAAGUCGUGCAAUCCCUCCUUCAAGAUCAACAGAGAGGAAAUGUACUCCAGAAUGUUGCAGAGAACAGCUUUAUGAAUGAAGAUAUACCAUCAUACGAAGAUAUACCAUCAUACCAAUGACCAAGGCAGCGUGUACGUAGAGAAGUUAAGUAAACUUUAGAAUCUAAAGUACACGCUUUCUAGCGAAUGAAGGCUUUGAGCAGAGGCAUUCAUGUACAAUACAUCUCCAUAAUAAAGAACAGGUAAAAAAGUAGACUCACUGAGUCUCCUUAUGACAUAAAAGAGAAACAAGACUUAUUCUCUGUAAAGGAAGCUAACCAAGACCUUCAGCUUUUUAGCAACAUACUGAAUGUGCUCCUUAGAGGACAAGUUUUCAUCUAGUGAAAACCUAGUUAUUUAAACGAAGAAACCAGCUCGAUUUCUUGACUGUCUUUAGUGACAAUUUUCACGGACAGAGAUCUUUUCGUUGCUCUUGAAGAUAUGAAGAACAUGAGUUAAGUUUUAUCUGUAUUUAUAACAAGCUGCAGUUGGCUGAUCUGAUCGUGGACUAAAUCAAAAGCAUGCUGAAGAUUUACAACAGUUUGUGCAGACGUACUUACAUACUAUAAAUGCACAGCAAUACAGUAUCAACAGCAUAAAAGUGAAAGUAAUCGUUUGGAACAUUUUGUCCAAGACUAUCAAUAUAAAAAGUGAAUAAGAGCCGUCCCAACACUGAACCCUGAGGAACCCCCUUACGGAUCAGUAAAAACUCAGAUGUGACACCCUCUGAUUGAAGAGCCUGGGUCCUGCCUCUAAAAUAGUUUGUAAACAUGCUCUGAGAACCCAGAGGCUUUAAGACCUUCCAAUAAAAAUUCUGCAGUCCACAGAGUCGAAUGCUUUAGAAAAUCUAUAAAAAGAGACACACAACACUGUCUCUUAUCCAAGGCCUUCAGAAUAUCAUUAAAAACGUUCACAGCAGCAGUGGUACUACACAUUAUAAACUACUAAGUUCUCCAUAAAGCUGACAUUUCAGCUGAUGCCGUCUGUCUUUUGCUUCUUUAUUUUUUAUUUUUGUGCGUUUCCUCCUCUGAAUGUGGCAGACUUUCACACCCGGCUCAUUAAAAAACUGUUGCAGUGUUUAGACAAAUGUUUUUUAAUGACUCAGCGAGGCACUAGAGGUUUUCAGUCUACUCCUAAAAAAAAAAAAAAAGUCUCAGCACAGCAUCAGAGGCUGACUGUUUUUGCAAAUGAGCUAAUCCCUUAAAUUUGAUUUUGCUGGCUGGAAUAUUUAUUUACUUUUUAUUGAAUUUUUCAUACCAAGAUGUCUGUACACAAGGAUCCCGAGAGAGUAACUCCUGAUCACACAGCACCAUCAAACAUAAACUUUUCACACAUCACAGAUUCCUUGAUUAGGAGAACAGAUGCAUAAAUUAAAGUCACGUGGGGAAUUUUAAAGGAAUAUUUCACUAAUUCUGAAGCAAGGUCAUUUGAGUUCCAUGUCAUAAGUAGGUGUACCAGCCACAAUGGAUGCCCGUCAACUUUUUCCCCUUAACUGAGAAACUGCUGUCAGAAACUGUACGCCAGGUAUGCUGCUGUUUUUAGCAGACGGGGCCGACUCUGCUGCAUAAUUUAACUCAUUUUGAGAGACUCUGAACCAAGCGCUCAUCUUGGUUUUUUUGCUCUUUGCAAUCAGAAAGCUUUUUGUUUUUGCUCUAUUUGCAGACAAAACACACAGGCAUGAUCAGCUAAUAAGGUCUUUGAUGUUCAAGUCUCUGAUAUAUUCGGAAUUUUUGGAUCUCAGCUUUUUACGAUGUUAAGCACUGAGGGCCUAGAAUCACCAGCAGACACGUUAAUAUGUGAAGAGUUUGUAAUUUCAGCUCGGUUUCCUAAUUAAGCAGCUAACACAGUGUAUUUGAAAAAGGUCAACACAUCCUGUGGACCAUGGGUUAUGUAAUUAUGCAGUCUCAGAACAAUGAGAGCCUGAUGAUAUGUUUGAUUCCCAAAGAUCUAAAAGUGCUGUUGUUACCAGGUUUCACCUGGGACAGCAUGUAGUUCUCUGGGUUUGUGGGUACUAGCCCAGGGUUUACACACCUGCACCAGCAGGUCACUCUCUUCUCCUCUCUGGUUUGCAUCGAGGAUUUUCUGCAUUGAGUUGCCUUUUUCAACUAUAAGCUUCUGCUCAUAAAGGUGUCUACAGCAUGUCACAGGCACCGUCAGAAUCACUUAUUAUCCAGUUUGGCUGUACUUUUGUCCCUUUAUAUCCGCUGCCUUGAACAUCCGAUCAGUGCACUGCAUGCAGACGAGCACGUCUGUGUUGUGUCGGCAGAACAAAUGAGCUUUCUAAUGGCAAAGUGCUGAAAAUUUUUCUUGGUAGAGUGCACACUUAAAUCGAGAUGAGCGCUUGGGUUAGAGUCUCUUAUAAUUAGCUAAAUUACGUGGCAGCAUCGGCACCAUAUGCCAAAAACUCCAGCAUCCUGUUUCUAUCAGCAGUUUCUCAUGAGAAGAGCUGAGCUGACCGGCAGCCACAGUGUCUGGUACACUUACUAGUGAUGUGUAACGCACACAACUUUGCUUCAAAACUCUGAAAUAUCCCUUUAAUGUUGAUUCUGUGGACCUCCUUGAACAGCAUCAAACUGCAUUUCCCCCAAGGUGAGGAUUUAUUGCUAUUUACAUAUAUUGUUCCUCCUCCUUUUCCUCUUGAAAGUCAUGUUAAAAGUCAUCUGUUGUUUCCAGCACUGCUUAAAUGCAGAAUCCAUCAGAUCACUUAUCUGUUUGCAUCAGGCCUGACAUUUGAAUGGGAGUUUGGUUUUGUGUACUGUCACUCAAGAUCCACUUCAGAGCUUAAUGAAAACUCAAGGAGCAGUUAAAGUGAAACACUAGCUCAUGAGGCUCCUGAUGCUGAAAUGAAACCGCAUUCUCCAUACCUUUAUCCUUUCAGUUUUUCUCUGCUGUUCUUUUCUACGACAAGAAAUGCCAACCCAAGACUUUCUGUGGUGCAGGGAUGCAAAUACAAAGAUCAUUAUGCCUGCAAAGUAAAAGUGAAGAUCUGUUUUACUGAAAAAAAAAAACGAAUAUUCAGCUGAUUGCAACCUAGUUAUUCUGUCCAUAAUGGCUCCAACCUUCUCUCAUUAUAAAUAAUCCAGCAGCUUUACUGCAGAAUACAGCAAAGCUGAGCAAAUUUCACCAUCUCUGCAGUGAAAAUUAUCCACAUCAGUGCAGAACUGUCUUGAAGGCAACCUCCUGGCCUAGAUGUGUCAGUCAGUGCCAUCACUUUGAAUAGACAGGACAAAACCAGCAAUGCUGUCUGCUCCAAUGGCUUCUUUCACCCUCUGCCACCUUCCACCACCCCUCCCUCUGCUCCGGCCGUCCACUUCAGUAAAGCAGCUCAUUCUUUAUUCAGCAUCACCCCUACAGCGACGUCCUGAGUUUGACACGUUCUCACUUUUUGGGCUCUGACAGACAUCCCAUCAAGCUGUGGACUUGCUGACAUUGCUGUCAACUAUGGAUUUACUUGUUUGACUUUCUUCUGGAUUUUAUGUUCGUAAAUCUCACAUGUCAAUGCAUUUGCACUGACGGCUGCAUGAAUAGCAGCAAGGCGCACAGAUUCUUUUCUCAGACACAUUUAUUCAGAGUUACUAGCUGCAAGCCCAGAGUAAUUUGGUGAAUGCAGUUAAAAAAAAAAAAGCACAGGAUUUUUAAAUUUAGAUUCAGUCCAUUAAAAGUUAGUGUCUUUGUGGUGAAGUCAUUACCUUUACAGCAACGGUUCAGGUUGGUAUCCACUUACCAGCUGGAGUCUGUCUGCAUGGUGCAGUUAUUUUUUCACCCUCUGCCUUAAGAUAUGAAAGUUAGGAAAAAUUGGCCCAUAGGUUUGACUGUGGGUGUUAUCAGUUUUUCAAGUGUUGCCACUUGAUUGGCUGACAACCUGUCCAGGGCCUCAUUAAAUUACAGGUGGGCUCUGCGCCAAGCUCCACCUGAACCUCUCAGUAGUUUAAAGGGAUAUUCCGGCAUAAAUUUAAGCCAUGGUCAAACAGUCCAUAACACCGAGUUAGACACCAUCUUUAAAAAGAUGAUUGUUGCUGACCGCUUGCUUCUCUAGUUAUACCAACUUACUAGUAUACAACUUACCAAUACUAGUUACGACCGCACGAUAGCAAUACACAGCAAUACAAACCUCAACUAAAACGCCACUCUAUAGCCACAAAUAAUGAUCAGUACAGCACCUAACUUCAUCAACAGUACAUAUAGGGUCCCAGCCAUAGGACUAGCCAUCAAAAACCUUUUUUAACUUUGCCUGAUUUCUUUAGCAAAGAGACACAACUCACCCACUCUCCUCCAGCAGUCGCUUGUUUGUGGGGGAGCCCAGACAAGUCAAUCACAGAGUGCAGCCGAUUAUUUCCUUCAACUAAUAAUCAUCAUAAUAAUCAUUUUGCACUGCAGACGUGGUAGUUCUUCUGCCUUAGCAUCUCGGUCUGAUUGUAUUUCUAUAUAGUGAUAAUCAUAAAUGUUCUUCCUUGAGCUGCGAAACUCCGCUGCACUCUGUGAUCGACUUUUCAGGGCUCCCCCUACAAACAGGUGGCUGCUGGAGGAGAGUUGGUGAGUUGUGUUUAGUCUCUUUGCUAAAGAAAUUAGGAAAAGUUAAAAAGAUGUUUAGUGGCUACUAGUACUAUGGCUGGGACCCUAUUUGUACUGUUGAUGAAGUUAGGUGUUGUUCUGAGCAUUAUUUGUUGCUAUAGAGUGGUGUUUUGGUUAAGGUUUGCGUGUGGAGACAUUAACUGCUAUGUAUUACUAUUGUGCGGUCAUUACUAAAGUUGGUAUAACUAGAGAAGCAAGCGGUCGGCAACAUUUAAUUCUCGAGGGGGUGUCUAACUCGGUGUUACAGUGUGUUUGACCCUAAUUUAAAUUUAUGAAGGAAUAUCCCUUUGAGCAGUAGAAACGCAAGAGUAAUGUUAUAGUAAAGUUAAGGGUGAAAACAUAACUUGAUUUUCAUAAUUUUAAUGAACCAACUUCACAAUUGUUGUGGGUUGAAUAUGUCAAUGUAAAUUUAGGUUUUCUUUGUGUGAAACACAAAAAAGGUUUGACCUUGAAGGCCUCUGGCAAGUUAAGAUAAAAUGACUGAUUGUGUAUCUUUCUUAAAUUCUCAUGUGUUCAUGUUCCUUCAUCAGCUGUAAGACCAAAGUGUACUCAGACGAUCUGCCAAACACCAGUAUUGUCAUCGUGUUUCACAACGAGGCGUGGAGCACCUUGCUGCGGACAGUCCACAGCGUCAUCAACCGCUCUCCCAGACACCUGCUCACAGAGAUCGUUCUUGUGGAUGACGCCAGCGAACGAGGUUGGUUGACUACACUCCUGCUAAUAAGAAGCUUGAAUAAUAAACAUUAUAUAACGCUGAUGGUGUCACAGAUACAGAGCUGAAGUCAAUGGUAGUGGAUGAAUGCUUUGACCUUGAAACUCUAAUCAACAGUCUGUGAGUCACUAGUAAUACAAGAAACAAGUAAACAAUGGUGCUUUCACGACCACAGAAAUCAGAGCAAUCAAUACUCAAUCUACGAGCAGGGGAAAGCAUAUAUUGUGCUGAUUUAUCUGAGAUGUGUGGCUACAACCAAAACAGUUUCUGAUGCAGGUUAUUCCACCAAGCUUAAUUUAACUUUUAGAUCAUAUUUGUGAUUGACAAAGUGGAAGGAGGAGAUUUCUUUUGUACAUGCACAUCUGCUGAAAUGUGUUUUUUCCCCCUCAGACUUCCUGAAGACGAAACUGGAGAGCUACGUGCGGACUCUGGAGGUUCCAGUGAGGAUCCUGAGGAUGGAGCAGCGUUCCGGUCUCAUCAGAGCCAGGUUGAGGGGAGCAGCUGCUACCAAAGGUCAGGUCAUCACCUUCCUGGAUGCUCACUGUGAGUGCACUGCUGGUUGGCUGGAGCCCCUGCUGGCACGCAUCAAAGAGGACAGGUAAGGUGAACUAAACGCACCACACUGAUAUUUUUGUCUGAUGGGACAUAACAAGCAGACUCACCUUUGUAUUAGGACCAGUGGCUUUAGUGUUUUUGAGCUCCUUGUCAUUUAUUUAAGUCUUCUUCCUUUUCAGUCCUUAGUGUGUUUUAUCAGAACCGCUAAUAUCACAUUUCACUGAAGUUGCAUUGUAUUGGCUUGAGCUCUAUCUGAAUAUUGAGAAGACAGCAAACUAUCAGGAUUGAAUAUACAGUGUGAGCCUGACGCUGCUGAUAGCUGAAGAUAAUCAUUUUUGCGUCGUCUGCCGCUGCUGCUGCUGCCUCAGAGGAAAAACAAGCUAACUUUAACUUUACUCUUUGGUGUUUAUUCUGCUGCAACUGAUUCAAGCUGUUGUGGUAAAAAUCAGGAUAAAAGUCAGAAACAGGUUCAGGAGGCCUUUUGUUAUUUUUAUUUUGACAGCAGAUUUCCUCAGCCUCUUCAGUAGAAAUGUUUUUUUUGUAGUUUAAUUGCUGUUGUUUUUAGACCUCUAAGCUGUUAUUUCAGGCUAGUUACAGAAAAAGAGGCUGUAUUUGCUGUUUGUGGGAGUUUAACAUUAACAGAUGGAUGGAUUGGUAAUGAAUCACUUGUGAUCCAUCUCUUAUCCGAGGUCAGACACAUAAAUUUUUCCCUUCAAUUAAAAUCACUACCAUAUGACUCAGAAUAUUAUAUAAUGCAGCAGUUAAGCUUUUACAAAGUGCUACAACACUGAUGUGUUAAUGCUUAUAAGUGAUCAGAGAGUGCUGGGAUGAAUUUGCACCAAUUUAGAAUUCACAUGGUUGAUGAUACAGAGUGCUGGGAGAAAGGCCGGUAUCCAGUUUGUGAGGAUAAAGUGUGAUAUGGUAGGAAUCCUAGAGUAGCUCAUGAUACAAUACAAUAUAAUAUGAUACAGUAUCUUAUAGGGGUGGGAAUCACCAGUGGCCCCAAGAUACAAUAUUAUCACAAUACAAUAUUAUUGCGAUUUUUAACAUUUUGCAAUACAGUGAGUGUUUUGAUACAAUAUAUUGCGAUUUAUACAAUUUUUUCAACUGUUUAGCUAAUUUAGCAUUUGUCUUUUCUCUAUGUUUGUCUUAUUUACGCUGUAUUUUAUUUUCAUGUAGCACAUCUUGCAAACCUUACGUAUAUUUUUGUUUUACUAACUUUCUCCUGCUCUAUGAUGUCACCUCUGCUGACCUCACUGGACAAACUGUUGAUUUUAUUUUUCCAUUUUCAUAGAUUUGACUUCAUAGUGGCAUUUAAUUUGAAAAAUCUGUACUUGGUAAAUGAGACGAUACGAUAUAUCACCAGACAAAAUAUCGCAAUACUAUGCUGCAUCAAUUUUUUCCUCCCACCCCCAGUAUCUUAACAUGCUACUAUACAACAUGGUACAGGGGUGAUUCUGUAUUAUUUUAAGUAGAAUAUCAAAUUAGCUGCCAGUAUUAUGGUAAGUGUGUUGCUCAAGUAGAGAGAUUUGAUUAUUAAAUUAUUCUCCCGCCUCUUUUUGAUAGUGAAACUUUAUUGUGAAGCUUUUUGAGAAUUAGUCUCAGCAAGAAAACAGCAGAAAGAUUCAGCAGCUGCACCAGCUUUUAAAGUGGAAGUUAUCUUGGGUUAAGGCCUGAAUCAAUUAGUCACUCACGCUUUUUAGCCCAAAGAAAUGAUUUACUAUCAAGAAAAUAACUACUGUUUUGUUCCUCCACUGAAAACGCCGAUUGUUUGCCAUCGACAGCAUGCUGAGGAUUCCUUUUCUCUAUUUUAUUUCACUUUAAAUUAAACAUCCCUUCAAGAAGAUCUUGACAGUUUUUGCCUUUUGCUCUGUGGAUCUAAAAUAGCCUCUCUCUGCUACUGUCGACAGGCUUUGAUUGACUGUUCAUUCUUUAGCUUAUCCUCACAUUGAAUCACACAUUUAUUUCUCUUCAUCUCCCAGGACAGCAGUGGUGUGCCCUAUCAUCGAUGUCAUCAGCGAUGAGACGUUUGAAUACAUGGCAGGCUCAGAUAUGACCUAUGGAGGGUUUAACUGGAAGCUGAACUUCCGCUGGUACCCGGUUCCCCAGCGGGAGAUGGAUCGACGCAAGGGAGACAGAACACUUCCUGUCAGGUACAAAAGACAUGUUUUCUUCCUCCUCUUGGGCUGAAUUGUGAUGAAUUUCCAGAAGAACUGAAAAGAGACUUUCCACCUGUGUAGCAUCUUUUGAUUAUGACUUAACAUAAAGGAGGUGAAGGUCCAUUUGUUUGUCUUCAGAUGUUAGUUUAUAGUUUCUCCUUUGAGCUGUGAGGGCAGGCAUGAAUGGUUAAAUUUCUUCCAGAGGACCCUUUUUUUAUGAAAGAGUGCCAUUUUUAUCUGUAGAUGAAAAUAGACCCAUUUCCUCUUGUGUAUCCCACUGAUGCAAGCAAUGUCCUAAAUAGCACAAAGCUAUGAUUGUGCUCUUUUAAAGUCUAAGUAUGGGUGAUCUCAUUUCACUUAAAAUAGAAAAAACGCUGCUUUUUUUUCCCCACUCUCUCUUUGGCUCUACAAAACAUGGCACUAUUUGUCAUCUGUAUGCAAAUUACUCCCAGCAGCAAACAAUGUCCUCAAUUAAGGGCCUGACUUUAACACAGAACAGAUUAAAAGAUACACUUAAUUACACCUCUAAGGCUUUGUUCAGGAUGUCAAACUAAUUGAUCUUUUAUUAUAAUUAUUGAUACUACUAGUAAUGAUAAAUACAGCUCAAAGAGGUGAAAUACUGCAAAAGGCUCAUUUGUGUCUCUUUCAGGACUCCAACCAUGGCAGGAGGAUUGUUCUCUAUAGACAAAGCCUACUUUGAAGAAAUUGGAAGCUACGAUCCAGGGAUGGACAUCUGGGGCGGAGAGAACCUGGAAAUGUCUUUUAGAGUGAGUUAAAGGCUGAGAGAGGAAAAGCUAUCUUCAUACCAGCAGACCUGGUGGAUGUCAUUGAAAACGUGCCAUCUUUUCUUUCUUGUGACCGUGUUUUUCUUGGCUGCAUCAUUUCCUGGAAUCACAGCGACUCCCCCAAAAGAGAUUAAAGGAAAAAAGGCAAAGAAAAGCUGAAUCCUUAAUGUAGAAAUCUUUCGUGAAAUGAGAUGUUGUUACCUCUCCAGCAUAAUUCAAAGCUACGGCUGCUCUGGUACAGCUGGAUUAGUCAGCAGUGAAGACACUGUGAUGUUCCCUCGGAGAUGAUACUCGUACAUAAUAGAUGAUGAAACAAGAACUAAUAAAAGCACUGUUCUUAUGUAGCACGUGUUCCUUUGGAGGUAAAAAGAUUUGGAUGUGUGAAGUUAUAAGUCAGAGCACCUUCUAUGUUCACAGCCAAUGUCCUUUUUUACUUGUAAGUCAGUUUUUUUUAAUUAAAAAAAACACAAAUAUCCUUAUAAUUGAAACGUAAUUAGACAUUUCACAAUUAUUUUUGGGGGCACAAUAGGACAGGUGUUAGCUUAAAGCUGAAUGUGUUUUCCUCCCAUCACUCAUUCAUUUUAUUUGCAGCUUCACAUGCAACUAAUUAGGAAUUAAACUUUGUCAGACACAUCGCAGCUGUGAAAUUAAGAGAUUGUGGGUACUAUUUAAUCAGUGAAAAACACAAGGUCUAAAGUGCAUGGAGCGAAGUGAAUUAUGGUGUAGUAGGAGACCGUGUCGAGGGUGCCCUUGUCUUCUGGCAUCUGCACAGCAUCAUAAUGUAAAUAAUGUAAUGUAGAUGUAAAUGGGUGCAUCCCCAAACCUUCUGUUCAAGUUAAUUUUUUUCUGUUAUGGCAAAAACAGAGAGACUUUGGGGGGCUGCUGCAUUCCUUUGCACAUGUUGUCUUACUAUCUCACUAAUGUGCACUCUUAAUAUCAGGAAGGUGUUGCACCUCUGACUUCAGACUUCAGACCAGGUUUUUGUUGGUCGAUGGCACAGAUGCUUUGUGUAUCCUUGACUACUGCUAAUUAUCAGACUAGCAUACCAACAGGCACUAAUGACGGCACAAGUUCACUUACUUAUUCAAUAAAACUUGAAUGAGAAAUGAGAGAUUACAAAGAGUCAACUUUAAUGUGUGGUGAACCAUGGGGAAAACAAAUGUAUUUCUCAUGAAUGCAGUUUGCUCUCAUUAAUUAAUUACUUAUAACUAAAUGUGGGAUAUGAAAAAAAAAACUUUAAAGAAAUUGAUUUUUUAAGACUAAUUAACUAGUUAGGUUUACCCUUAUCGUUUUCAAUGCUUUAAUGCUUUAAACCAGUGUGUGUGUGUGUGUGUGUGUGUGUGUGUGUGUGUGUGUGUGUGUGUGUGUGUGUGUGUGUGUGUGUGUGUGUGUGUGUGUGUUGUGAAUAAUUUUCAGUAUUCACAAUAAAUUAUACAAUUCACAGAUGAGAUUUUUUUCAAAAUCAGAAACACUAAACACAAAAUCAGAAAACACCACCUCCACAUGUAGGUAAUGAGAAAAGCAAAGACUUUGUUGUCCACAAGGGGGCACCAGAUUGACCCAAACUGAAAGUUCCUCAAAGGAGCUUUAAGAUUAAUCUGUACAUCCUCCUGCAAGCUCUACUCCUCCCAUGUUUGCUGUGAGGAGAGACGCACACAUGCUUUACUGAAACACACACACGCAGAGAUGUGCUUGCACCCCGUUUUUUAAUUGUUUUAAAUGCUGCAUCAUCAACAACAAAUCUCCUUCACAUGCACCUCACGUACUGUGAAAACUGAUAUGCAGGAGAAAAACACAAGGGGGUGGGGGGGCAAGCAGCUGUGUGCGGAGAGCAGGGUGUGUGUGCUUGUGUGUGUGUGUGUGUGUGUGUGUGUGGGUGUGUGUGUGUGUGUGGCCACAUGAAAGUGGUCUUGUUUGUGAAUGGGCUCUUAAUAAGGUGAAGAGUGGAGUCUAAUUAAUAUGUGGAAAUUACCAGCAACCAUUUGCAAAUGGGGUCAAGCUAUGAGUCUACCUGCAGUGCUGUGCUCCUCACAUUAUUGAUACAUGCAAUUAAUUGAUCACAAAGCCUUUAGUUAAUUAGAUUAUUGAACUCUCAGACAGCACUAGUUUUUAUUGAUAAGCCUAAUGAUAAAAUGAAUGGACUGGUAUUUCCAUUAUGUUGCUUUGGUUGGUAUUUUCUGCAUCACUCCUCGUGCCCUAUUUACAUCAAUAAUCCGUGUUUGUGUCUGCAGAUCUGGCAGUGUGGCGGCUCUUUGGAAAUCGUAACAUGUUCACAUGUGGGCCAUGUUUUCCGGAAAGCCACUCCGUACAGCUUCCCGGGAGGAACGGGCCAAGUCAUCAACAAGAACAACAGGCGGCUGGCAGAAGUGUGGAUGGACGAUUUUAAAGAAUUCUUCUACAUCAUAUCACCAGGUACUUCUGUCUGACUUUCUUUGGGGGAGUCCCACAUUUACAUCUGUGAAAACAGGAUGGGUUUAUGCCUUCUUAAAGUAUGAUUAUAAAUAUAUACAAUCCAGACAGCAUCAUUUACUCACCGUGGACCAAAGCAGACACGAAUGACCCUAAUUAGACCUUUUUCUGCUUCUUUGAGACUCACUAUUAUUAUAUUUAAAAUAACUGCUGCUCCCUGUCAGCCUUUCAUUAUCAGACUCCAUAUUUACCCCUCGUCCCUGUCUGCACUGGAACUUCAUUCUGCAUUUGCCAUCUUUAAAAUCAGAUUUAUCAUUUCCUGCUUCUGGACACAUUUGUAGUUUUCCUUCAAAGUUGAGUCUUUUAAGAAUGGCCUCCUCUCAGACAAAGCUCAAACACACACUUAGACAAACAAGAACAAUAGGACUGUGCCAAUUGAGAGAUGAGAACCCCCCCAUCUGUCGAUUUAGUAAUGUGAUUACCCUUUAGCAGACAGCAGUGUCCCGGAAAUCUCUGGUUAAGUGUUUUAGAUGCCAGCCAACCUAUAAGGGAUCAUCCAUAAUCUGCCCAUCUCCCAGCACAAAUUGUGACCUUCUCCUCGACUCAGACGAAGCAAGAUUCUCCACGGGGCAGGUGUGCAGACAGAACCGGUGUAGUGAUGGAUGAAGCUCCCUGCGUAUUGUGGCCCCCACAAUGACUGUCUGUUCCUCCAGGACAUUAGGGAGAAUGAUCUGGGCCACGCUGCUGCCAGACCUCACUUAUUGGCACACAGGAGCACAGUAUGCUGCUCAGCCUGAGUUUGGAAGGGGCUUCCAGUGAUCCUAUUAAAAGUGCAUUUCCCUCCUCUGCACUGGUGAUUUCAAGAUCAAAGAGGCUAUUCAUCAUCUUCAACAUGUGAUGCGUAGACCCUACGGAGAAAGAACGAGAGAGAAGGAGAGAUUGAGAGGAAAAAGAGAGCCAGGGGAGCAGGAGCAGGCUUCUACUGAUAGCUUUUAUCUGCCGACUUGAAAUUUCUUUUUCUUAGACGUGUGUGUGUAAGACUUUGUGGUGUGACAAAGGGUGCUCUUUGCAGUGUCUUUCUCCAUUCUAAUGGAUUAUUAUAUAAUGGGGAAGGUGAAACAUGCGAGCUGGUAUUUUGGAAGUAGUAUUCCAUUUUCAUUAUUGCAGUCACGCUCUUUUAUGAUGAAUUACCCCCCCUGGAUCUUUAAACACGCAAGCUUUGAGUCUUCAAGAGGCACUCUGGGGAAAAGAAACAUCUACAUAGUGUGUUUGUUUGUGUCUGUACUUAUUCAGUGUUACAUCUUUGCUCAGUCUUUAGUUGCAUUAAAGCUGAUGCAUCACACGGUUCAGAUUUAAUGAAAAAUAACCCAAAGCAUGGCACACAGGAUUACAUAACUGCUCCGUCUCUGAUGGUGAUGACCUGCUUCUAGCAGUCCACACAUGUAUAAAUUAGAUUUGCCUUAGUUUCCUCACAUGCUCUCACUGCAGGAAUAAGGUGGCUGCAUAACUAAACAGAAAUUUUGCAGUAAUCACCCACAUAUAAUCUGUUAGGGUUGUGUUUGGGUGUUUUUAAAAGGGUCCCUCUGGUGUUUAGUCUUGGUGGUGCAGAAACACAUGUUUCAUCUUCACAACACAAAUUUAACUGCUCUGGCAAAUAUUAUUGACUGAAUAUACAGAGUGUUUUUACUAACCCAGUGGGGCACUUUGUUUUGAGGCCAGCAAUUUCACAUAAAUCUAUCUACAGAUACAUCUCUAAGUCUCUUUGUUCUGCAAAGUAGCUGGCUGUAUUUGGAGCAACUUUAACGUUAUGAACAUGAGAUGACUUUAAUAAGCCCAGGCUGAAUAUGCCUGUUUUAAAGUCCUUACUUUGUGCAGGUGUGUUAAGUCAUCCAGAGCUGAAACUGCAUUUUUUUCCACACACCUUAAAAAUGUUUGAAAUUCUAAUGUUUGGGGACCAAGAGUGUAAGUGUCUAUUGACUGUAUAUAAUGACUGCUGACAUGUCUCUGCCUCCUCUCACUGUACAAAAAUGAUGCUAAAAUAACAGAUGCUAACAGCCUGUGUGGUGUCCCUUUUACUCACCAGCUCACAUGAUUAACUCACCAGUAAAGUAUAUUCAGCACAUUCCACAGGACACUUCCUGAUGUCUCCUUAAAGCGGACACUUAUUGUUAUGAGAAAUUCAGUGACUUUGAUGUUGGUGGUUAUUUUGUACUCUUUCACGGACGCUCCUCCUCUCUGGUGCAUUUGUCAACAGAGCUGUCAAUCACGGUGAAACACCCCUUUAAAGCACCAGAUAAUUACAGUUAUUGAAAACUACAGAGAAAUGAACACCCAGACGUCAGUCAGUGUGAUAACAAUUAACUUAAAGGGUCCUUGAUUUUGAAAGUUUGACUUAUAGUCUGUGUUAACACGCAGGAGGAGAGCUUUGUGACCUGUACUACACUCGAGAUUUUUUGGCUUAACUUAAGUGGAGCUGUCAUUUUUCUGUCUUUUCAUGCAGCCUUUGCUCAAUACUUUCUACAACUCAUCACUCUAUAUGGCUGAAUUCUUGUCUUUCCAUCAUGUCUGCAGGUGUGAUGCGUGUGGACUAUGGAGAUGUUUCUUCCCGUCGAGCUCUACGUGAGGCCUUAAACUGCAAACCGUUUUCCUGGUAUCUAGAGAACGUCUACCCAGACUCCCAGAUCCCGAGGAGAUACUUCUCACUUGGUGAGGUAUGAGCUCCCUCGUAUUCUGAUCCCCUGUUGUGCUGCAGACGCACCGCCUCGCUCUGCAUUCAGUCAGAGAUGUCCUUGUAGCUUCUGGGUUUUGCUUUCAGAAACACAAUAUCGCUGUGAGACAAAUCAAGAUCUCUGGAUGUUGGGCCGAGGGCUGAAAAAAGAAAACAGAUAAAGACACAGCCGGAGCUGUUGGCACUGAAUGUGUACGGUAAACAAACAAGUGGAUGUUCAUGCAGGCAGUAUUGAUCCCAGACACGUGUUUACACAGUUGGCUGUAAAUACCAGGAAGGUGAGAUAAGACUCAUGUCUGUAUUUUGCACCACCUUGUUUUGGGAUGCACUCAGUGGGAAAAAAAAAGUUGUUUUAAAACAAAAAUCGGACCGAAUUUUUCUCAGGCAGGGUUUUAAAAUGUUAACCAUCCGUCUUUUUAAUUUGAAUCUGUGUUUCUGAGAACAGUCUGAGUUAUUUAAGAAGUUUUAUUGAGUGAUGACUUUCAUAGGCAGAGAUGAAACAUAGAGUGUGGCUCCUUCAGAAAUCAUACUGGGUAAGGAUUGUGGGAACUAGGUUAUAAUUUGCAGCUUAGACAUGAGAAUUUCAUCUUAAUUAGAUCUAAGAUAAUAGGAAUCCCUUGUAUGAAUUGGUUCCCAGUCACAUAGAAGUAUUCAUCUUUAAGUGACCUGACAUUGCCUCUUGGUUCCUAUGUUUGUGUGUGGACAGCAGCACGAGGCUCAGUCAGCGCUGACAUGCACUGUGCUGUCUGCAGGAUAGACGGGGCCAUUUAAAAGUAAUGUCAGUUUAAGAACUCAUGCUGAAAUGAGCUUGUAAUCCUCCAACAGUCAUACAGCUGAGGAUGACAGGAUUUUUGUCAUCUGUGCUGCUCUGCUGUACUGCACUUCAUGCUCUCCCUCUCUCAGUCUCUCUCUCCAUCUUCUCCUGACUGACUAUCAUCCUCCAUAACACACAGUCAGCCUUUCUUUAACAGCUGGAGCCAUUAGGUUUUAUAUCACUUAAUUAUGAACGCUGUUCUGGUCCUGCAUGAUAGGCAUAAUAAUGUUGCUAUGGCAACAUUUAAAGCCAGCUCAGCUUUAGCUCUAUGGAUGUAUGAGUUCAUUAGAAAGCUGAGUUGACGGUAAAGUCAAGAGAAGCUGUGAAAGCAGAGGCUGUAUAGUCCCAUCAGUUGUCCAUUUCAGCUUAAGAAGGGAGGAUAAUUGGUGGAGUUUGGAUUUUACAAAGUUUAUGAAUCAAACUUUCUUUGACUUUUAGGCACUACCCUACAAUUCAUUUGUCAUAUAUUUUUAUAUUUUGCUUAAGCAUUUUCUAAAACUCAGGAGUUAAAAGAGGUUAUAUGACAAAAAAAUGAUAUAAAAUAUUAAAAAGCCAGAAUUUGCAAAUGUUUGGCCCUUUUCUUUGUUGAAUAACUGACAUUUAUUCAUUUCAUAGUAAAAUAUUUGUUUCUUGAUUAAAAUUCAUUUGAUCUGCUUGUUAUAGCAGCUUCAAUGAACAUGGCCUUCCUUUUUUGAAAUGUAGUCACAGCUGUCUCAGUGACAGAGAUUACGGAGCAUAAGUCAUACAGGUAUGACAUGUUUUUCAGUGACUUUUUCCUGCUUUAAAAAAGUUGACCAUUCCUUUUCUGUUGAUUAAAUGAAUAAGUAAUUAAAACAUGUGAUUGUAAUGGGACUCUGGGAUACUGAAACUGAAUCAUUAGCAGCAUUAAAAAAGAGUAGGACUGACCAGGGCAGGAAAACACAACAGAUACACUGUUAGUGAGAAGUAUUGAGCGCAGACCCUAGCUACCUUUAGAAAGCCUCAGGGAUAAAACAUUUGUUUGGAUACAGUCUAGAGUUGGGCUUCAUAAAAAUAUCAAUAUGGUAAAGUAUUGCAAUAUUUCUUUAUCUCACAGUGGUGUAUCGACUUUCCCGCUCUCCACAGCAAUAGAUACAAAAGAUUAAAAACAGCGUUUACUUCCCCUAAAACUCCUGAAAUAACCUCUGGACCUGUAGAAGUUGCUGUUCAGCCCACAGACGGGCACCUUGAGCCCCAACAGUGUCAGUAUUGAUGGUGGAGUAUCACAGAGGGUAAGGUAGAGAGAGCUAGUGCAGCUAAUAGUAACAAACAGGUGAACCAACAUUUCCACACAAACGAGCAAGAAGGAGCAACAUUAGUUUUGUAUCCAGCUGAUCUCUGUGAGUCUUCUCUCUGUCUAACCUGCUGUUCUCAUACAGCAAUGACACAGACGCACUGUUCAAAUUCACAAAACCAAUAUCAAUACCAAGGUUUUAUUUGACGUCUCAUAAAUAUAGUUUAUGUGGUAGACUGAUAAACAGCAAAGGAGAGACAGGGACGUCAUCUGAUCUCUAUAUUUUACAUUGUUCCUGUUCUGUGGACUGUCUUGAGGCUCCAAACCCCUGCACAGUGACUGACAUGCAGCAUCUCAAACACAGUAACAUGAGGAGGAGAAAAUAUGAAAAUAUCAAUACAGUCUGGGGUUUGUGCUGAUAUAGACACCAGUACACACUUAUGAAUGAAAUAAAGAGAGAUAGAUGAGAUGAGAUGAGAUUGUCUGUCCACUGUUUUCCUGAAAAUCUCCCCAUUAUGUCUCUUGUUACUGUUGACAGCAUUUCAAAUAUUAAGAAAGAUUUAAAUCUUUGGUGCUCAGGACUUGGUCCUGGUGAUAAAACAGAUAGUGAUAUAAUUUAUUAUUUGAUUUUAUGACAAUGUCAGGCUGAAAUAAACUAGAGUGGAGUUUUUUUGGACAGUUUCAACUUGACAGGCUGUAUGUUUACAUUUUCAUCAAGUCAUGUACAGUAUUGUGAAGUAUUGUGACGCUUGUGUUGUGAUUUGUAUGAUAUCCUGAGGUCCUUUCACACAUCCAGCCUGAGUCUGGAGUAGUAGGCAUACAUUAUUUGGAUCAUCCUGAAGCAAAUAACAGAAAUAUUAUCACACUUUGUGAGCUUUUUUUGCUUGUUUGAGUGAAGUAGACUGGAUUUUAAAUAUCUGAUAAUAGUUUAAAAACUAAGUGGUUCAGAUGUAAGAUUAGCACAUCAAGAGGCACAAAUCAACUCCUGACUUUUGAUGAAUUCAGUGAUUUCUGAAUCUUUUGAUGUGAUUUUAUCCUGCAGAUCAGAAAUGUGGAGACCAACCAGUGUGUGGAUAACAUGGGAAGAAAAGAGAACGAAAAAGUGGGCUUCUUCAACUGUCACGGCAUGGGCGGAAACCAGGUGACACCUGAAUAUUAUUUUGACUGCUAUUAAUCAUGACACUGAUGUCAAAAUCCUGAGCAGGACUGUCCUUUUAGAAAGACCACUCUACAGUAGGUACAGCAAAUCUCUUUUAAAUUAACACUGAGCCCACCAAGCCUCUAAUAUGUCUUUAUCUCCAAUACAUGUGCUCUGGGAUUUGGUCUUUAUCGGAAAACUUGAGCUCAAUCAGGUUAGACGUGAAGUGUGUGUAAAUGCCAAGUCAAUCCAGAGGUUUUCAAUAGGAGUCAAGUCUGUUUUUUUGUCAUCUCUUAAGUCCAUUGUUGAUUUGGCACGAUGCGGGGGUUCACUGAUAAGUCUUUGGCUUUUUUAAGAUGAUUCAUGCCAAGAAUUUGAUUGUGUUUUGGUCCAAUCUCUGUCUUUAGCCGCACCAUACGAGACAGAAUCCCCUUGUAAUCCGUCUGACAACACAAAAGAGGAGGAAAUAAAGCGUUGUACAUGUAGACAACAUGAAAAAUAUCUUUUACAAUAUGUGAUAGAAAAAGAUUCACUGACCUCUGUUAAGGAUUGAACAUGAUUCAGGGUGAGAGGAGGAACGAAAUACAGACUUCGAAUGAUCAUAAAUCGUAUUUUAUGUGUCUUUGCUGUAAAAGGAUGAACGAUGUUGCACAGCCUGAUAUUUUCAUGGCUUGACCUCCACAUUUUUUCAUUCCCAGGUGUUUUCAUACACAGCCGAUAAAGAAAUCAGGACAGAUGACCUCUGCCUGGACGUCUCCCGCCUCAACGGACCCGUGGUGAUGCUCAAGUGUCACCACAUGAAGGGCAAUCAGAUGUUCGAGUACGAUGCAGAGGUAGGAUCCACAUCCCAAAAGGCAUCCAAACUUUCCGCUGAUAAUCUAGGCUGCCAUACUUUCCUCCUGAUGGCAGAUGUUUUAGAAAAUGACUUUGACAAAAUGCUGAUUGAUUGUGUUUGUUCAUGUCAUGAGGAGAUUGCAGUGGUAAAGGAUUUGGGUAAUAGUGGUUUGUCUCCACCAGAUGGCGCUGUGUGUCAGUUUUUUAGCAGCGAGGAAAUUCUGUUGUUUUCUCCACCCAGCAGCUGUCUCUCCUCUCUUGUUUUUCUUAUUUCAUGUAGUAUGUUGGCAAGUGGGAAUAUGAUUUUGAGGUAAGCUUCUCAAGUCAUCGCUCCAUAGAAAUAUCCCCUCAUAGUUUGAUUCACACGUAGUGAUUUCCUAUAGCGCUGUGUGGACUGUCGUGUGUCUGUGAUAAUGUGAAUAGAUCUUUUGAAUCCCGCUGUAUCCCACAGACUGGUUUGCUGAUAUUAAAUCUCAAAUCUUGGCUGUUUUUCUUGUACCAGAUUAAAACGCAUUCAUUUUUUAUUUUCUCACAGACUCAGCUACAAGUUUAAUGAUUAUGCUUAUGUAAAAUAAAUGCCUCUUACAGAAGUUAGUUUCUUUUCAAACAGACUAAGAAUGAUUUUUAUUCUGUUUGAUUGCUUUGGAGGCUGUACUUUUUAUUAUUUAAAUCUAUAACGUCCUUAUCUACAGUAUCAGCCAUUAACAAAUCAUAUACGCAAAUAAUAAGACAGACAUUCAGCUACACAGCCACAGUCUAUAAACCAAAUGUCAGAGCUAAAAAUAACACCCACCUAAUCUGUAAUAAAUCAAAACAGCACAACAAAGAUUGAUGAGCAUGGAAAACAAAUAAUCUCCAUGCAUUUUCUCACCUUGCCGUGCAUUACAGCCUGUUAGACGCACUCAGAUCGAGCAAUAUUGAAUUUACCCACCGCACAAAUAUGGCAGUGAGUUUUUGCGUAUUAAUUUAAAGUAGCACUAAAAUAAGAAAGGAAGGUGAGAUAAAUGACAAAGCCGGAAAAAACAGCAGAGCGAUGUAUGAUUAAAUUUCCCUGGUUACACGAGCUGUAAUCAUCUGACAUUUUUAAUAUUCAAUCAGAUGCAGAAACAGAUGUCGCAGGCUCUUCAAUUGAAAGUAAAGAGACAUAUUCUCAUCAAGCUGUGUCAUCAGGACUCCGAUUACAUUAUCGAUUAUAUAAUUCAAAAAGCAUCCUCUCUGUUAACUAUUUAUGCUCCUUUAUUUUUCUCCUUUCUUCAAACCAGCGCUGAGAGGCUAAGAAAAGACCGGUCUGAAUCUAGUGUUACCUGUCAGUGAUUGAGAUGUCCGAUCACUGACAUGGAGAGGUUAGGGAGCCUGGAGGCUUUCUAUCAAGCGCUGAACAAACCCGAAGAUAAAUCCUUUCAUUACACUUUGUUCUGCUGGUGCAUUCUUAAUAUGGAAAAAAGACUGAAUUAUUCAUAAACGAAGAGGACCGGUCUCUGUUGUACACAGCGUUGGGGUUUCACCGCUGUCGGUGGCCGGGGUUAUUUUUAGCCCAAGUGUGACAGACAGGGACCGAAUCCUGGGCAACUACAGUACCAUUAACAUUUCAUCUGGUCAUCAGUUUCACUGUCACAGGAGGAGCUGACUUUCUCAUCUUUCUGCUGAAUUCACUCACAGCCAUGAUGGACGGUAGACCUUCUUUUCACCUGCUCUUUCUGAUGGUUCAGAAAUUAGCAGUUUGUUUGGCUCCUGCUGACAGUCACUCAUGAAUAGAUAAGAGAUGUAGUGUAUGUAACAACAAUAUGAAAUACCUCUGCUGUCCUGCAGUUGUCAGAUGGUCUCGUUACAUAAAGUCCAGUAGCAAUUAGGAUAUAACUAUUUGCUGUGGAUGUUUUAUUCAAAGUAUUGAAAUAGUAUUUUCAUGCCAUUUAGGAUGAUUGGUAAAUACUGGAAAUGCUCCUUUAUUGGCAACUUGUAAAUUCAGGGGGUAAUCAGGGGGUUGAAAUACUGUGCAAUGUAUACAGUGUAUUAAUGAUGGUUUUAGAUACUUCAAACAUGGUCCUUGGGGACGUAAUGAGGCCUUAACAUUAUUCAACCCUGAGCUUGGUGAAUUAAAACUUAAAGAAAAAUCAGAUAUAAAUACAGUUUGAUAUAUUAAACUGACUGAAGUAUAAAAUGAAUUGAAGGGUAUUUUGAAAGGAUAAGGCCUUUUUUGUUGAACAGAAUAACAACUCUCCUCACCUGUAACACAGGCUGUUUUAGAAACAGACAGACUAAUGUGAAUAUGGUUAGUUAGGAGCUUCUCCACUGAAGAUGAAGCUUUGUAGUUCAGGUUAGGCAACAUCUGAGGAGUAGCAGCACAGUGAGGCUCUGACUACAUUGUUAGUCGGCUGAGUCUUCCACCACGCUGAACGUCUGGUUAUUCAGAAUAAUGAAUUCAGUGAUUACUUUAAGCUUCUUUACCUUUAGAGGAUUGCUGUUGUGUCUCUUAUCUUUGUGAAAGUAGAGGCUGCUGAUAGGUUUUCACUGGCGCUGGAGCUUUUUUUUUUCUUCUUACUCUUCACCCCAAACUCAGGGUGACAGUUGUUGGGACGCACAAUUAAAUUGGUCAUGUUGAAGGUGUGGUGUCUGCUCCUCCUCCUCAGAUCAACUGUGCUUCAUUCAGAGUAGCUGUUUUGUCGUUUGUUUCCAACACAAAUAAUUCUUCCAGGCAGUCAACACGUUGAAGCUCAGUGGUAGUGCACAAAGCGCCAACUCAUUGAUCAUUCCUAUCAGCAGGAAUUUUCAUAUUUGCCAGCAUUAAUCUUCAAUUCAUUACACUUUUAUCUGCCAAAGCCAGUGUCACGCCAAUAAAAACCUGCAUUCCUAGUGUAAACAGAAAUCUCAGUAAGCAUGGGCAAAGACAUAAAAGGCCAAUACUCCUGGGAGGAGUUUUUGAUGGUUAUAAAACAGACUUUCAGUGACACAGACGGUGAUGUAGAUGGAUAAUGAACUAAUUUUUAUCAUUACAAAUGGAUAAAAACAUGAGUUAUUUUUGUUAAUUAGUCAAAUAUUUGGUCUUAUAAUAUUUAUGCACAUAGAAAUUAUGUUGCUCCAACCUAGUCCUGUGUCACCGGAAGGAAAAGGACCAAAAAUGCAGACUUAACUUUAAAAAAAUUUAGUAAACAAAAAGGCACAAACUUAAACCAAAAGUCCAAAUCUACAAAAUAAAAAAAAAAAAGUGCAAAAACACCAGAAGCAGGACAAACACUGGAGCACAGGGAAUAGACAAGAUGUCAACAAGCAAGGACAGCAUGGACACAUAGACAGGCUUGCACAACAUACCAACAAAGAAAGAGAGGAGGACAGGAACUAUACACACACACAGCAGGGAAUUGAGGAACAGGUAAGGCAGACAAAACACAUGUGAGUGUGUGACACAGUGAUUAACAGAGGAGAGAAAACUGCAGAAGUAAAACGAGACGUGACACACAUGGACUGACUACUACAAAAUACAACAGGAAACAGCUGCACUCGGAAAGUGCAGCUGAACUGAAAACUGAACUGAGCGACUAAAGAGUGAAAAACAAGAACAACAGAAACAUAGAAAUAACAAACACAGGGAAACAAGAACGACAGAGAACAGAAACAGAAUGAAAAUACACCGACAAUAAUUCUAAACAACAAAACCAGGAACAAACUAAAUCAACAAGAACCUAUUGUGACAUCCUGCCUUAUAACAAUAAUACUGUUACUCUAUUCAACAAUCAACAAUUUCCAUGGAGAUAAUUCAAAGUGACAAAAAUCAGUCAUCGUCACAGUGUUUGCCCAUUUUAAGGGUUUUGAGAUCCAUGAAUCUUAAUGCUGUUUCGAUCGUUUUUAAUAAAUCGUGUCAGGUUAAAUUCAGCUCAGAUGUUUUGACAUUUGCUUCUGCUUUCUGAAUAGUUAUCUCAUCCUCAGGCUUUAGUUUGAAUAUGUAUUUGUUCAGAUUGUGACUUUGAUUCCCAUUGAAUGUCCGUGUGAUCUGAAAUUUUGUCCUUUAAAAACUCUGCAGACAAAUUAGCAGGAAUUCAACCUUUUUUCACCUCCUCACUGUUCAUGUCUCUGCUGAAUAUCCAUCAUGAAUACCUCAAACAGAAAAAAACACAGCAGCAUUAUUAAAUUUUAUCUAAAGGUCAGCUGCUGUUGAGUCUUGGUUAAAAAUAAACAAAACAAAGCCAUUCCUUUUGAGUUGACUGUCACUGAAAAAUCACCUUCUUUAUUGACCUGGAGAAGUUUGGCUGUAGAGAUUAGACAGCAGCUGAAGCCUCAGUCUUACCUUCACUACCAUCUGUCCUUCUCAAUCCCGGCUCACCUGCUGCAGAAGCACACUUUCCUCCACAUCAUCACCCAAUCAUGUCUGACCAUCAGCCGCCUGGAAGACGGCUCCUAUGGGCCCACAGUGGAGUAUUGUGACAACAGCCCCAUGCAGAACUGGAUCCUCCACAACUACACCCAUCUGGAGGUCGCUAGACACCUCUACUACAGCCCCACUGAUUAUUUUCUCUGAGCUCUGGGUGCUGGGCUGGGCUGAGGUGAGCUCCUGAGUAGAGAUAAGCGUAGAAGUGGGUGAUCAUUUUAGCUGUAGCAUAGUUAUGUUUUAGUUUUAGCAUAUUUGAAGUAGACUAGUUGAAUCUAUUUUUGUCUCUGUUUUAAAGGGAUUUUUUUCUUUGUCAGUUAUGAUGAUGUUGAUCUUUCAGAUAUGAGUCCAAAUGUGCAGGGAAACCGUGUAAGGAGGCAUUAAGUAGCUCACUGCUGUGACCUUUCAUGAGGAAACACAUGAAGAGUAGGGCAGAGCCACAUCAAGCAUCGACUGAUGCCCCAUCAAGACUGCUCUGUGUAUAAGAUGCUAUCUCAAAGACCUUUAGCUGGUCUUCACACCACAUUAGAUCUCAUCUGACAUUUGUUUUCCUACAUCAAUAUUUUAUUUUGAUGGGAAAAUUCACCACACUGCCAGCGUACGGUGAGUGAUGCCUGCGAUGGAGGACGUGUUUAUUUUGGGUUGAUUAUCUCCCUGCAGGUCUGAUUAAAAUGGGCUCCCUAUUGUGUACAAGUUCUUUUGAAGUGAUCCUUCAUUGUGAGUCUAGCUUUCAUGGCCCUGGCCUCUCAGGCCACUCUGCUAUUGGCCUAAAGCAGCUGUGUACACUCUGUGCCAUGUACAUAUUGUAGCAGCAAUGCAUCCCAAUUAUCCGAGCUUUUCACUAUUCAGCGCGCUGAUUUACAUACUUUUUGUCAGGAAUGUUUUUUGGGCUCAGCGUUUCCGGCGGUUUCAGGUUAGUUAUUUUCCUGCUCCAUCCUCUGUGUCUGUCUGUCAUUUUCUCUGUUGCCAACUUAUUCUGCUGAGUUAAACCAACUUUGCACCUUAGAGUCCUUCACUGUUGUGUCUUUCAAAAAGCUUAAGAGAAAUUUCACGGCAGCAUGCCUCAGAUUUUGCAACCAAGCAGGGUAAAUUGGGUAAGAAGCUCCCAAGGCUGCUGGUGUGUGUCAGAGCAGUGACAGUGAAGUGACCUGCUGUUAGAUGGCCUGAUUUGUUGUUCCCUCUCCGAAGUCCUCGCUACAUAGCCAGCGCAAGAGGAGAGCACGCACACAAGAACAAGGAACCAGUCGAGAAAAUGAGACUGUUGCCUCGCUCUGCCUCAAGACAAAAGGAAUUUGCUGUUUUUGUAUUUCCCACAAAAGACAUCCUGGUCCUCUAGAUCUUUCUCCAGAGUCAGCACAAGAUCACAUCAAACAGGAACUCCUUUGCCUUUCAGCAAGUCCAGUGCGCUGCUUGGUGACAAAGAGGAUAAUGCUUCUCAGCCCGGCCUCAUGGUUAGAAACCGUCCUCAUUUAAUUAGGCGGUCUCAGCUGUGCACACACUCAGCAACUCGCUCCGGAGACGGCGGUCGGUUUGCUGGGAGGCUGAGAUAGGAGAUUUCUCUGCCCAAGAGGAGCCAUGAAAUAAUUAUGAGCAAAGGACAGGACCUCCACAUUUCUAGUAUUUUCAUUAAAUGCGGAGCGUUUUCUUUUUUUUUUUUUUCCCUGUGCUUUUAUACUUUUCUUCUGUCAACUCUGCCUCUAGAGUGGGUUUGGAUCUUUGAAUGAAAGAAUAAAAUACAGCCCUCAUCACUGCCUCUCUCUACCAGGUUGUUAUGAUUUAUAGAUUAGCUCAACCUCCAGAUGGGAGAAGCUUCAUGCAGGAGUUGGUGUCGAAGAAAGUAUUUAUUGAUUAUUCUGCUUGUUUUCUCAGCAGAAAUCAAGCAAUAAUUUCUGAUUAUCUCCUCUUAUCCUUGAGACCAAACUAAGAAGCACCUGUCUUUAUCCGCCUGAGUGGAGAAUAAUUUUUUUAAUAACAGAGAAAGGUAAAAAGUCUCCAGUGUAGAGCUACUUUAUUGCUCUGUCUUGUUUUUUAGCAGGUGUGGAAGGUCGAGCGCCACCUGCUCUCUUUGUUCUUGUUCUGUUUGAACAAAUGCGCCUGUAGGGCCGUCUGCAAUGUGUACUUCAGAAAAGGUGUGUGUGUAGGUGUGUGCGUAUGUGUGCACCUCUUUGUAUCCAGGCAGGGGAUGUCAGACCCUUGUGUUUUAUAGCUUAAGAUCAAACAUGGCCUGUGCGUCUGUGUGUGCUCAUUAGUCUGAAUAUCCUCUGUCAACAGUCAAAGCAAAGUCUUGUUUUAAUGAAGAAUUGCACCACAACCCCAAGAGAAAUCAUUGCAAAGCUCAUGUAACAUGGCCUCUAUGACCUGUGAUGUAUAUUUAUUUACAUGUUAUUUUUUGUCUUUGCACGUGUCUUAUUUAGACAAAAUAACAAUCCCUCUGUUUACACUGCUGUUAUGUUAAGUAAUGCUUCCAGUUUUCUUUGAAAGCUCUUGAAUUAACCAUCACUUAAAAGAUUUACUGUCGUAGCAGCAACUGACAAAAACACACUUUUAUUUUGAAUACAUAAUAUCCCCAUUUCCUCCUGACAUUGUUUUUCGUAGCAGACUCUUCCUUUCCUUAUGCAGCGACUUCAGCUCCUCUCGCUCUCUGCAUGUGAUCAUUAGGACCAGAAAGGCAACUCAAGUGAGGGACCAAAUUGCGGAAGCGUGUUUCUUCUGAGGGAAUGAGCAUAAAUGGUUAAUCAAGGCCAUUGAGAGCUCUUUUCCAGCUCUUAUUGUGCGUGUGCGUGCGUGUGUGUGUGUGUGUGUGUGUGUGUGUGUGUGUUAGGGUGAUGUUAUCUCUGGGUCCUCUGAAGCAGAUAGCCACAGACUUUUUUGGUGCAUGCUCGUGUGGACUCUGAAUUCAGCUCAUCACAACAGGUGUCUCUUUUUAAAAGCCUGUGUGCUGACUUCUUACUUCCAUGUUUUUAUGGGAUUGAGUAGACAAAAUACAAAAUUGAUGGCGACGAGGGAAAACUAUAUGGAGAGAGUCGAUUUAACAUGGGUGGUGGAUGUACAUCUAAAUGGAUCUUUAAACGAAAAAUCCUUCCAUGGUUUGCAUUUAUUUAUUAACUACAGUAAUGUUGUCCUUAUAUCCUUAGUGACUGUAUCCACUGUAACACAAGAACAGGACCAUCUUUGAUGCUGUUUAGCUCAUAUUUAUGACUAACAACAUGUUAAUCAGGCAUCAUCUUUAAUUAUGAAGUCUUAAAGGGAUAUUCCUGCAUAAAUUUAAGUUAUGGUCAAACACACCGUAACAUCGAGUUACAGUGUGGGGGAGCUCUGACAAGUUGAUCACUGAGUGCAUCUGAAAAUUUAGGAUUAUUACUUCACUGAAAUGCAGUCAGACUAAGACACUAAGGCAGAAGAACUACCGUGUCUACAGAGCACAUACAAGAUACACAAGAACUCUGAUUGCAUUUUCAUAAAGUAAUAAUCAUAAUGUUCUUCCUUGAGCUGUGAAACUCCACUGCACUCUGUGAUCGACUUGUUAGGGCUCUCCCACAAACAAGCAACUGCUGGAGGCGAGUGGGUGAGCUGUGUUUAGUCUCUUUGCUAAAGAAAUCAGGCAAAGCUAAAAAGAUGUUUGGAGGUUAGUGCUAUGGCUGGGACACUGUAUGUACUGUUGAUGAAGUUAGGUACUGUUCUGAGCAUUAUUCGUGACUAUAGAGUGACGUUUUGGUUGAGGGUUGAGCGUGGAGACGUAGACCAUUGUGUAUUGCUAUCGUGUGGUCGUUGCUGAAGUUGGUAUAACUAGAGAAGCAAGCAGUUGGCAGCAUUCAUCUCUCAACAGGGUGUCUAACUCGGUGUUAAUGUGUAUUUGACCAUGACUUAGACUUAUGCUGGAUUAUCCCUUUAAGAUAGAAUGAAAUGAUAAAAUGAUUAGAGGAGCACUAAUAAUGAUGGAGCAGAUCAUAGGAAACGACACAUUAUCAUGCAUGCUAAACAUGCUGAUUACAAAAGUCAUGAGGUUAUUUUAAGAAACUAGUGUUUAUGUUACCCUGCAAAGGUGAUCCCGUUUAGAGCAGUUGAAGUGUGUCCUUUGUGUUGCUGAACACUAUGAGGUUGUACUGCAGAGUCAGGAAUGGUUACAUCAUCUAGAACAGUAGAUAGGUAGGACACUGAGCUCACUGUGAGUCUUAUGUUUGACAGUUAAAGCUCCUCUGAGGAACUUUGGUCCUGUGUUGACUUUGGUGCCCCCUGUACAUAUAGUUAUAACUCUUAUCUGUUGGUGAUUUGGUUUUGCUUUAGUAAAAGUGAUGUUAAUUGACAAAAUAAAUGCUGAGAGAAAAAUAAUGAAGGCUGUUUCUUCAGUGUACCUGUCCUUUCACAGAACUCACAGGCAGGAACAAUUAUCACACAGGAACUGUCGCUGCUUGUAUUCAUCUUAAAAAUAUAUCACUGUUUGUCAUCAUAACCAACCAAAAAGAUUUCUCAAGGCCUUUUAAAAAGCUGGAUGUAUUUUUUUUUUAUUUAAAAGAAAUACAAAAGAAAAGUAGGGAUACAAGACGAGAUUGUCAGAAGGAUGUGCUACUUCAUCCAAAGAGACGCCGCAGUUAAAACAAACCAAGAGAUCCUCACCAGAGCUUCAAGUUUCAAUGGUUAACAGACCAAGAAUAAACUCAACUCUUCACGCUACGUGUGCUAACAGAUGAAAUAUAUUGUCACUCUGGCAUCCCACAGCUGUGGAUGGCUAGUCAUCAAGUAUAACCCAAAAUAAAGCUGUUUGAAGCAGGUUUCAGUAACAAGAAGUCUCCUGACCUUCAUUUAAAGGUAAAAGCACAAGUUUACAGACUCACUAUGUUCCUGCAGAUUCAUAGACAAAGUUGUCUUAAACCAGCCCAGCUAGCUGAUGAAUAAGUAUAAGUAUUGGUUUGUAAAGCUAAACUGCUCUGAGCAUGGUGGUACUUGCACACAUAGAAACCCAUUCAAUACUAUCAGCCUUUAUUCGUCUGUAUAAGGAGUAUCACUGUACAAAGCUGUUAAUGAAAACAUUAAAACAUUAUCUCUGGCAUUGAGAAAUGUAUUCCAUAAUGUUUUUAUUCUCCUAUAAGAUGAUGGCAAUGACAGCAGUCUCAGUACAAAAGGGCUUGGAUUCCUCCUGCAGCCUCAGAGCAUGACUCUCACUGUUCCUCCACAAGAAAAUCCUGCUCUCUUGAUGUUGCUGUUGUUUUUUUUUCCUGCUCCAGCUACUGUUACCGACUGCAACAAGCUGGGGCCAUUUACCGGGUUGAGAGGUAUUUUUGUGAAAUGUGGGAAAUCAAUAGUUGAAGUGUGUCUGUGAAGGUUUGUCUUAGUCAUCCAGGUACAGAAGAAGAGCUGAAGCACAGGUGGAUGGAAAGUUUAACAUCGCAUAACUCUGGAAAAAGUUGAUAAAAAGUGCAGAUUUAAUUGCAAAACUAAAUAAAUUUCCUGAAGUGUUUGCAUCUUUCUAAUGCCCUUUACUGCUUUGUCUCUCUCUCCCUCUCUCUUUUUUUCUCUCUCUCUACAGCGACUCACUCUGCUGCACGUGAACAGCAAUCAGUGUUUGGACAUGCCGUCCGAGGAGGACAAAAUGGUCCCCACCCUGAGAGACUGCAACAACAGCCGCUCUCAGCAGUGGCUGCUCCGUAACAUGACUCUGAGCGUCUGAUCUCCCACCUCUCUGCUCCCCCCUCCGCUCUGUCCUUAUCCUAACCAGUCCUGGCUCUCCAAACCCUGCACUUGUGGCUCUCAACCACGCACAUCAUCCGCCUCUUCCUGUAACAGCGAAACAGAGACCCAGACAACAGAGGCUUAACUUCCAUUAUGGAGGCGUCUCCUUUUACAGGUUUGCCAGAGGCUGCACCUGCCUGUACAGCUACAUGACAAGCUGUAGCUAUGGCUGAUCUCGUCACAUCCGAGCAGGGAUGAAGAUGUUAGAGGUCUGUGCAUGGAGAAUUAAGAAAUUAAAGAACUCGUGCUGUGUCACCCAGCUGCUAGCUGCGCAUCCACCGUGCUGCUCAGACUGCCGCUUAACUGCUGGACAAUUAAACCAUGGAGCAUCGCUUUAAAGGCGCGUCUCUGAGACGGUCUGCACUGACAGUGACCUCCUUGUGCUGUGUACAUGCAGUGCAGUACUUCCUACUGUAGUCACCAUCCUAAAGCAGGAGUGUUGUCACGAUGACUGCUGUUCAUCCUCUUUCCACAUCAGUGUUUGAGUUAUAUUCAAAGUAACAGGAGAGGGAUUUUAUAGCCCAAUCUGCUCUGAAUUAUGAAGCAGGUACCACUAUUCAACAAGAGAACUUAAAGUAUCUGAUAACCAUACUGCAUGUACGCUAAAAAAUUUGGUAAUCCAGUCAAAUUCAAAUUUAACUCUCAUCUCUUUGCACAGGCGACUCUCAACUAUAAGCUGUAAUGCUACUUUAUACUCACAGUAUGAUAUUUAGUGUCAUUUCUCUGGCUAAAACACUCCGAUUUUUUUUUCUUUUCACAUUAUUCAGGAUACUUCUGGCCAGCAUCAGCUCUUUCUUUCGCAUGGGUCUGGUUUUGGUGGUAGAAAAAUGCGAAACUGUUGAAACUCAGUUCAUUGAAUAUAGUCCUGCACCCUCCUCCCUGAGAUUAAACAUUGAUUUACAUACAGAGAUGUGUAUAGUAAGAGGACAUGACCUCUUUGUGUCAAGAGUGAAUCCAAUGUUGAAGUGCCUUAAACCUGCAUCCUUUGUAGUGGCCAGCAGGGGGCAAUCACUUUGUAAAUCAAGGUCCGAUUUAAACUGAAAUUAACAAUGAAGUAAAGCAUGCUCAGGGGGCCACUUGUGUUUGACAAGUUGCUGCCAUGGUGACACGUCAACCCAGACAAAGAAGUCGCAAACCAAAUAAUCAAGAUGCUGUCGGCCAAAAUGCAGCACCAAAAAAGAUCUGUCACAAACAAGUAAUGUCAGAUUGGUACCGUUCUCUUCGUAUUUACAGCCCGAAGGAUAAACCAACUAAUAAAUAAUGUAAUAAUAAUAACAAAGGGUUCUUAAACUGGUACAAGAAAUUAACCAACAAGUAGAUCACUUUCUUAGCUGUAUCAUAGUCGCAUGUGGAACUGCCCCUCAAACCCAGGACAGCCUCUCUCCACAUGUAUCCCUACAUGUGCUGUGGUUGAUGGUAUACCCCCGGGGGGACUAUGGCAUUGCUAGACUGGAGUGUUAACACCCUAAGUCUCAGUAAUGGCAUGAGCUGGGUUAAGGUUAAAGUCCAGUACCCCAUUGCUAGACCACUACUGUCACCUCCCCACCCCUCAGCAUAUGCUGGUAAAAGGAAAAACAGCUGAUGCCUCAAGCAGCAAGUUGGUAAGUGUUUCCUCCAGGUGGAGGUUUCUAUGAUCAUGUUCUUUCUGUUAUUGAUGACUCUGACAAGCUAUGAAAGCCAAGCUAAUGGUAAUAUCGUUAGCAUUAGCGUUAUCGUUAGCAUUAGCUCUACUGGUUACAUCAGCAAGGAUUGCUUUUUCAUUAAAAGGUAUUAAAUGAUCCAUGAAAGACACGCAAGAGAAAUGUAAACACAUAGUUACUUAACAUCACUUUGCUGCACUUUCAUUGUCACAAAAGACAAAGAACUGUUCGGAUCUACAGCAGUGGCUCAACGAGAUUCAUAAUUUCUACAUGUAUCAUAGCAGGGGUGGCAGCCUGAAAGGUUCAUGCAAUGGCAUACCAGUGAGGGGAUCAACACACUGGUCUAGAUCCAUACUGCUGGUGAAACAUGCUGCUGAACUACCGGCACAUGACACAGCAUAGUGGAUGAUACCAAGACUGAGAAACUGAAACUGAAAAAAGAAAUGUUUAAUCUUCUUGUAAUUAGAAAUUGAUCCUGGGUAACAUUUAAAAAAAUCACAUUAACAUAGAUUAAAAUAACAGAAAUUAUCUUAAUGAAUAUUGUUUAUGUUUAGUGUAUUUUCAAAAUUGUGAUCAAAUGGAUUAUAAGGCUGACCAAUGCUUACAUAUGGAGGUUUCUUUUGAGAGACUUUUUGAUAAGAUAAAAGAUAUAUAAAAGAGUUCUAUAUCAAAAUGUUGCGUCCAUAAGACAGAUGAUUGAAUAUUUGUAAUAAGCAAACAUCAGAGAAAACCGGUUGGGCUCUAGCCUUUGUAAGUAUUUGAUGUUUGGAAAGGGAUGAGCUGAAAACUUCAAACCGUUAGGCAAGAGUGCAGCUAUGAUAUCCUCCUUUUUUCUGCUGUUUUUUGUUGUUUUUCUGAUUCUUUAAAUCAUGUUUAAGACAAAGGAAUCACAGAAUGUAGAGUAGGGAUGAAAACACGAGGCAGCUCUGUGGAUUUACUGUAUUUAUAACUAAUUAAUGGGAGGUACGUUAGAUUAUGACUGAAUGUAAAAGAUGAAGACUAUAAUCUGUUUCAUCUGUAAGAGUUACAAUGGCCAUCUGUGAGCAUCAUUGCUAAAAACACAUGACCUUAAUCAGUUAUAUAGAAGCAUUCCUGCUUAAUCUUUCUUUAAUCCUGAGAAAUCAAACAAUUGGAGCACAUAGUUACUUGUGCCUUUAGAAAGUUGUUUUAUAACUUCUUUAAUGGCUCUUAGGGGAUUGGAUUAGUUAGUGUUGGAAAAGGGAGAUUGCAUGGUCUUUUGAUUUCAAUACUUUAGUGAUUAAUGCAUAUUUGUUUGAAUCACUGUCAUAUCUGAUGAAUAUAUACAGCAUAUUACCAUAAUUUUAAUGCUUGAUAAAACUUUUGGUUACCAUAUCAGCACAGCUCUACCCAACUAUCAUCCAUGCAGAUGUUACGGGUUUCACAACAUUGCAGAUCAGACAACAAUGUGUUGUUGUAUAUAAAGCUGUUCUCAUGUUUCUAUCACCACUGUUGUUGUUCUCGUUGUUGUUUUUGAUGUCGUUGUUGAUGUUGUUAUUGUAGAUACAGAACUGAUUAUUUUUCUAAGAUGCUGUAAAACUUGAACACUCUUUGGAGAAAAAGAAAUUGAAUGAUGAAACAGAAACACAAGAUAUUGCAGUGGUUUAUUUUGAAUCAUGGUAAUAAAAACCAGUGCUUACCUUGGGUUUUGAAAUUGCAGUGUGUUUCGGAAAUCAACAUCGGCCCCAUGAAACCAAUUCUCAAACUACCUAAAGGACCUUAGGCGUGCAUACAUGAGGGAGCAACUAAUGGUGAAAUAGUAUCAAUGCUGCUUGAAUCCUGAAUCCCUGCCAAGGGCCUGCUUGGCUUUCAGACCCAAAUUCAAUCACCUCUUUCAUAUUAUGCACACACACAUUUAUUGUUUUUCAUUAUCUUAAAGUGCAUGGUGUUGAAAUAGGAAUGUAAUGUUUCAAUGUACUGUUUGCAAAGUGAUGUUUCCUGUUUGUACAUUUUUGCCUUCUUUUGUAGAGAAGCUGAACUUCAAUUUGGCAUCAAUUUACCAUGUAAAGCAACUGGUGUAAAUGUGAACCCUAGCACAUCACACCAAUGCAUCAGUUGUUUAAUAAAACUUGUCCGCUGAGCUUUUAAGACCCCCUGUAUAUCUCAUUACCAGGUGUCAUGUGUGGGCUUUAAAAGGUGGUAAAUUACAGCCUUUCGUCCACGGCGACCAUUAGAGGAAAACACAUUUAACGUGGCGGCAUCAGAAAAAGACUGCAUUGAUACUUUCUUUCUUCCUUUUCUCCUGAGUCUGAAAAGACAGCUAUACAUCUGAAACUGUUUAUUAUUGUUUUUUGCAGAGAUAAAGAAGGUUGAUUUUUCAGAUGGUCCUGGCUUUUUUAAAUGAAGUUUUAACAUUGUAUACUUAAAUGUAAGUAAUGCUGCAAGCUGCAUUUGGUUUGCCUAUAUGAAAAUCAGCACAGAGCCACUUGCUCCAUAAAAUGUGUUUAAAGACCCA